UGGGAAUCAAACUCGCUGAUAUGAUGUUCCCAGCGCCAGAGGCGGUGUUUAGGUGGGAGGUCUUUUUUUUUUUUUGACAAUCCUUUAAAAACCAUGGACUAGAAUUAAAGAUAUAAUAAUUUUCCACAUAGAGAAACAAUUAGUGCAGUUAAAUAAAAGUCCCAAAAAUAUGUCAGAUGUUGAUCAAUCAUUGCCAAACCUUGCAGACAUUUAGAUUUAACGCCGUAAUUCUCUCCCUGGAAUUUUACCAACUGGCUCAGCAAGUCUACAAGUAAUACCUGUAUAAGGAUCCUUCCAGCCCUGUAGCAUGGCAAUGCGCACCCUGUAUAAGGAUCUCUCCUUCCCUGCAGCAUGGCAUUGCGCACCCUGUAUAAGGAUCUCUCCAGCCCUGCAGCAUGGCAUUGCGCACCCUGUAUAAGGAUCCUGCCAGCCCUGCACCAUGGCAAUGUGCACCCUGUAUAAGGAUCCUGCCAGCCCUGCACCAUGGCAAUGCGCACCCUGUAUAAGGAUCUCUCCAGCCCUGCAGCAUGGCAUUGCGCACCCUGUAUAAGGAUCCUGCCAGCCCUGCAGCAUGGCAUUGCGCACCCUGUAUAAGGAUCCUGCCAGCCCUGCACCAGGGCAAUGUGCACCCUGUAUAAGGAUCUCUCCAGUCCUGCAGCAUGGCAUUGCGCACCCUGUAUAAGGAUCCUGCCAGACCUGCACCAUGGCAAUGUGCACCCUGUAUAAGGAUCCUGCCAGCCCUGCACCAUGGCAAUGUGCACCCUGUAUAAGGAUCCUUCCAUCACUGCAGCAUGGCAUUGCGCACCCUGUAUAAGGAUCCUGCCAGCCCUGCACCAUGGCAAUGUGCACCCUGUAUAAGGAUCCUGCCAGCCCUGCACCAUGGCAAUGUGCACCCUGUAUAAGGAUCCUUCCAGCCCUGCACCAUGGCAAUGUGCACCCUGUAUAAGGAUCCUUCCAUCUCUGCAGUAUGGCAAUGUGCACCCUGUAUAUAGCGGAGCUGCAAUAUUAAAUCCCAAUAUCUCCACUGGUAAAAGAAAUUAAUCCAAGGAAAGCGCUGAAAAUGAAGGCAAUAUCCCAAAUCCUCCAGUAACCGGACGAAACACAGUUCUGGGAGUCAACUCAGGUUUUUAUUCACAGGCUCCAGUAUUUAUGUGAUUUCCCCAUGCAAGGGGUUUCCUUAGUCACUUUGCAGGGGUUAUACAGUAGGGGACUACACGGGAACUGAACAUGCAGGACAUUUCUCCCACCAUGCGCUGCUGUACGAGAGGGAUACUCCCACGAGAAUAUCCUGUUAGGUGGAUUAUCCCUCCGUACAGGAGAACCGGGCUUUUUACUUAAAAAUAUGUAACUGGCACAUUAUUCAUGCUAUUGGACUGAAUGACAUAUAGGUAGAUUACCGCUCAGAUCCCAGCACAAUUAGCCGAACGCCACACGAAAAACAUUUUAAUAUGAAUUCUCCAGAAAAGACACGAAUGCAUAAUUUGAGCGAAAGUACCUGUAAUGGCACCCCCAGGCAUAAAAGGGGUUAAAGCCGUUCAGUAGAUAUUCCCCUUCCAGAUUUACAGGCAGCUACUGUAGAAACCAAUCCACCGAACCGGAGAAGCAUAUGAAUGCCGUAAACCCAGAUCCCGAGAGAGGAGCCUACCAACUCUUCUUUUCAGCAUGGCUCCAACCAGGCUACUCCUGUGGUAGCGCUGGCACCAGGACAGAGUAUCGCGGGUCUCUGCCCACUCAGCAACCCACACAGCCGUGGUGAGGCACCUGGACGAGCUAAUCUUUUACCCAGGUGUAGUAACCAUGAAUUGUGGGUGGGCUGUAUUACGGUUUGUGCUUCGUGGGUGGGUUGCUGGACUAACCAGGGCACUGACAGGCAGGAGGUCAGAUACCCUGUUAGACUGUUUGGAAAAGGGGAGAAAUGUGGCAGAACCAGCCUCGCCACUGGAGAAGGCGGAUUGCCAGCCUCCUGCCAUGUGACUAUGGCCCCUGGGAUGUAUUUCCUGCUCUCCUGUACUGCUGAGGAUUGGUACCAACUAGGUGGAUUUGGCUAAGGAGCUCGCGUAGUGCCCUCUGUUGGUAGUAACAGUAAUAUGCCCUACCUGAAUAGCAAGACUGGUAAUUUGCAUAUUUGGGUAGAUUUGCAUAUCACUAAUUCUGCAUGCAGGAGAGACAUUUUGUGUUAAUUAUAGUCUUCCCCACCUGUAACAGAACUAUAAUCUCUGCCUGGAACUAUUUAACAAGACAUAAGCCUGGGAAUACAAAAGAGCAUACUUGCCUGUGGAUGUGGAUUGUUAUAGCCCUAAAAACGAAUGCAAACUGCCGAACACCGGACCACCCUGCUGUGUAGUUAAGUGGUAUUUUACCUCCCAGACCGGCACAUACCGUUCGCAUGAUAACUGCACGAAUCCUUUGUGUAAAAUCUAGGUGGCCGCCAUUUCGGGACUUUGCACGUGUUCGCGGCCAUCUUAUGUACGAACAGCGGUGAUUUGCCAUUGAGUGUCUGGAACUAAAAACGGACACUCGAGUAAGCGAACACAGCUGAGACCUCCAUAACGUAAUUUCGUGCUGAAACUACCGAACGGUCGGCCGUUCGGUAGAAAGGAUAUAUUGUGUAUGGGGAUUCCAGCGAACACUAAGUUAUAUUCGGAUGGCAGGAUUUUUGUGCUUUUUCAGCGCACGAACGGGGACCGACCGCAAGGCCAAAACUUAUGGAACUAUUUUCGGCCAGUGUGCCUGUGCGGUCGGUCAAAACUUUAAAGCUCCAUAACUCCCGAACGCUUUCGCCGAAUGGGAUGAUACCCCUGUUUUUGGGGUACAUCCAAAACUUGGGUAAAAAUGUGUGCACAAUAAUUAUGUUAAAUGUUUAUCUGAGGGGAGGAGACGUGGGGGUGGUACCAUGUUUGUGAUUGGGUACUGUACUAAUUAUGUAGGUGUCGCCCUCCCAAGGGCAGAAUUGCAUAAAAGGAAAGCCCCUGUCAAUAAAAGUUAGUUCUGCCUGACCCUUCAAAACGUAGCCUCGUCUCGUUCUUGAAAGGGGAUUUACUACACCAUUACUCUGCUCCAUUUUCCAGCUAUGCCUGCUUCUAGCCUUGGAUCUCGUGGAUGGGAAUAAGAACAACUCCAUUAUCAUACAGCAUCUUGCCAAGUAAAGUACGUCUCCAAUGGCUGAUACCCCCUCACCAUCUGGGUAGCCGUUACACCACCCAUUUUUAAAUAUUUAAUUAUGUUAUAAUAAGGCACUGUAUGUUGCCUGCUAUGAUAUGACUGUUUGUAAUUUUAUUGAGUUUUCAGAGCAAUGUAAUGACCAUAUGGGCUAGUUCCAACUAAAGUAUAAGGAUCUCUCCAGCCCUGCAGCAUGUCAAUGCGCACCCUGUAUAAGGAUCUCUCCAGCCCUGCAGCAUGUCAAUGCGCACCCUGUAUAAGGAUCUCUCCAGCCCUGCAGCAUGGCAAUGCGCACCCUGUAUCAGGAUCCUUCCAGCCCUGCAGCAUGGCAAUGCGCACCCUGUAUCAGGAUCCUUCCAGCCCUGCAGCAUGGCAAUGCGCACCCUGUAUAAGGAGCUCUCCAGCCCAGCAGUAUGGCAAUGCGCACCCUGUAUAAGGAGCUCUCCAGCCCUGCAGCAUGGCAAUGCGCACCCUGUAUAAGGAGCUCUCCAGCCCAGCAGUAUGGCAAUGCGCACCCUGUAUAAGGAGCUCUCCAGCCCUGUAGCAUGGCAAUGCGCACCCUGUAUAAGGAUCCUGCCAGCCCUGCACCAUGGCAAUGCGCACCCUGUAUAAGGAUCCUCCCAACCAUGCAGCAUGGCAAUGCGCACCCUGCAUAAGGAUCUCUCCAGCCCAGCAGCAUGGCAAUGCGCACCCUGCAUAAGGAUCCUCCCAACCAUGCAGCAUGGCAAUGCGCACCCUGUAUAACGCAUUCUUCCAGCCCAGCAGCAUGGCAAUGCGCACCCUGUAUAAGGAUCUCUCCAGCCCAGCAGCAUGGCAAUGCGCACCCUGUAUAAGGAUCUCUCCAGCCCUGCAGCAUGGCAAUGCGCACCCUGUAUAAGGAUCUCUCCAGCCCAGCAGCAUGGCAAUGCGCACCCUGUAUAAGGAUCUCUCCAGCCCAGCAGAAUGGCAAUGCGCACCCUGUAUAAGGAUCUCGCCAGCCCAGCAGCAUGGCAAUGCGCACCCUGUAUAAGGAUCCCUCCAGCCCAGCAGCAUGGCAAUGCGCACCCUGUAUAAGGAUCUCUCCAGCCCAGCAGCAUGGCAAUGCGCACCCUGUAUAAGAAUCCUGCCAGCCCUGCACCAUGGCAAUGUGCACCCUGUAUAAGAAUCCUGCCAGCCCUGCACCAUGGCAAUGCGCACCCUGCAUAAGGAUCUCUCCAGCCCAGCAGAAUGGCAAUGCGCACCCUGUAUAAGAAUCCUGCCAGCCCUGCACCAUGGCAAUGUGCACCCUGUAUAAAGCAUUCUUCCAGCUCUGCAGAAUGGCAAUCCACCUAGAAUAUCGCUGUGAAAAAAUCCCUCUCUAUGUAGAAUAUUUCUUCCAUAUUCAUUCGGUAGAUAUAACUACCGAACAGAGACCACCCCCCUGGCUCGUUAAACUUCAAAGAAUGCUUCAAUUGAACCCUCUAUCUGUGCGGCCAGCGUUCGUACUACAGAACGCCACGUGGCUGAGAAAACGGCGGCCAUCUUUUUUCAGGCGAACAAAGGCAGCGGGACUUGGUCGUCAAGCAUCUGGAACUAAAAUUGGACGCUCGACUACCCGAACACCGGUCUCAACAAGCGAACGCUGGAUCUCUAUUUCCCGAAUAGCUAGAAGAGCGCUAUUCGGUACUUUUGUGCAGUCGAAUUAGGGGAACAAUCGCUGCUAAGAGCCAGGGCAAUCCAUUCAUGGAAUUAUUCGGUUUUUACCCCUUUACUGAAUAGACCGGCAAAACCACCCAAACUCCUGGAACUAUUUUGGGCAGCCAGCUUGCGGUUAGCCGGUUACAAAGGACUUCCACACUUUUUGAGAACCCCUGAACCGAUCCGGGUAAAAUUUGAAUAUGUUGGUCACCCAGAUCAGGGCUAUCAGGGGACCUAUUAUUUGUGGGGAUACUCAUGUAUAAAGGGGUGUUCUGAAUAUGGGAGAAAAUUGUGAUUUUUCUGCCUGGAGAUAAUCAAGUUAUUACUUUAUCAGACUUGAUUAUCUCCAGGACUAGGGGAGGGAAUUGUAUGUUUGUGCUGGGUGUGUUUUACGGUUUUACUGUAACUGAUUGGUUAUACUGUGUCCCUUCCUGUGGCAUGUCCCCUUGCAUGGGGACUUGCAUAAAGCCUGUGUGUGGUCAUUAAAAGCCAGUUCUGUGGUACCGUUCUUCUUGACUUCGGCUGAUGUUUGGGGAUUCAUAUGCUUUAUUAAGGGAAUUAUCUUAUAAAGCUAUUUGUAUUCGUAUGGAUUUCGUCUAUUUCAUCUUCCGAACGGAGAGCUAUACUCACUGAUGCUCUGGCGGUUCGGGAGGAAACUACCGAAUGAGGAUUGAAUAUACUAGGUUUCCUUACAAUCGCACUCACCUGAGUGUCCGCUGGUAUCUAUAGCCGUCCCGAAGAGCAGCACAUACUCUGUGAGAGAUGCGUGAAGGAGACACAUGGAACCCAUCCAUCCGCCAGCGUUAACAAACACCCACUGGAGAUCCUCAUCUGGCAGUAUGUGCCCCGGGUGCUUCUUUCUCAGCUCAAUGAUGAUCUUGGAGAAAGCGACUUCAUAAUCUAGACCUGGGAGAGAGAGAUAUUAAAAGACUUCCAGCCACAGUGGAACGGGCACCCUGCUAGGACCCGGGUGGCACCGAGAGCAGGACAUAGGAAUUCACAUCUAUCCAGUCAGGACAUGCGGCUCAUACAACCCCACACAUGGCCCAGAUCACCGCAAGUGGUGCACACACCCCAUUAGGGAGCCCAUAGGGUCACAGCGAGUUGCUGAGGUACAUGCAAUGGACACGUUCCUCUUUUAGGCCAGAUUAGUAUUCCCCUCCAGAGAACUGCAAGAGCCAUGGACAGAGGUAGAGGCUAUACGAAUAGACAAUGCAAUGCACAGAAAUAACAGCUGUGUCUGCUGUAUAAUAAAACAAUUCAGAAUCUCUACUUUAAAGGACCACUAUAGUGCCAGGAAAACACUCUUGUUUUUCUGGCUCUAUAGAGUCCCCCUCACGCCGAGCUCUAGGGUGAGGAAGGGGUUAAUCCCUUACUUUUUUUCCAGCGCCGUGGACUCUCCCCCUCCUUUCCCCGUCAUCGCUGAAUGCGCAUGCAGCCAGUCCAUAGGAAGGCAUUCUCAAUGCUUUCCUAUGGACGCUGGCGUCUUCUCACGGUUAAAAUCACAGUGAGAAGCGCGGAAGCGCCUGUCAGUGAGACAGCCACUAGAGGCUGGAUUAACCCAUGGGUAAACAUAGCAGUUUCUCUGAAGUUUUCAUAGCAGUUUCUGAUGUUUACAGCAGAAAGGGUUAAUCCUAGAUGGACCUGGCACCCAGACCACUUCAUUAAGCUGAAGUGGUCUAAGUGCCUGUAGUGGUCCUUUAAAUUAAAUGGACACUGUAGAUACUAAUUAUCAUCUAAUUGACGUGGUUAUAGUGCCUGCAGUUUCCUGGCGCUGUCCCUCCAGAGUUAAACCAUUUUCGAGCAGUUCAACACUAAAUGAGGCUUCUCUUAGCUCCGCUCCCACUGGAGGCGUGCCUCCCAUUGCUGCUCAGGUUAAUCUUCCUAAUGAACCCAAGCAGCACUGAGGGGAUUGGCUGCUGGGGACUCAGCAUUAACCCUUAAUAAAACGGACACCAGAUACUAUAACUACUUCAAUGAGGUGUAGCAGAUACGGUGCCUUCAGUGUCCCUUUAAGCCUUCCUGAAUAUAAAGGUAGGUGGCUCUGGGUACAAUCAUGGCAGAUUGUUUCUUAUCAGGUACACAUUGAAGUCAAACUCUGGACUUUGAGCGCAGUUCCUUAUCUCGCUACACUGUCGCUUGUCAGAACAGAAGACAUGCAAAAAUACUGAGUACAUGGACAGGUAUAAAGUUAAUUAAAUAUAUAUUAUAUUAUUACCCGAGUACUGCUUGGGUAAGCCGGCUAUACAUUAUAUUAUUACUGAGAGGGUAGUGGAUGCAUGGCCUUCCAGCUAAAGUGGUAGAGGUUAACACAGCAAAGGAGUUUAAGCAUGUGUGGGAUAGGCAUAAGGUUAUCCUAACUAUAAGAUAAGGCCAGGGACUAAUGAAAGUAUUUAGAAAAUUGGGCAGACUAGAUGGGCCGAAUGGUUCUUAUCUGCCGUUACAUUCUAUGUUUACCUGAGUACUCCUUGGGCAAGCCGGCUAUACAUUAUAUUAUUACCCGAGUGCUCCUUGGGCAAGCCGGCUAUACAUUAUAUUAUUACCCGAGUACUCCUUGGGCAAGCCGGCUAUACAUUAUAUUAUUACCCGAGUACUCCUUGGGCAAGCCGGCUAUACAUUAUAUUAUUACCCGAGUACUGCUUGGGCAAGCCGGCUAUACAUUAUAUUAUUACCCGAGUACUGCUUGGGCAAGCCGGCUAUACAUUAUAUUAUUACCCGAGUACUGCUUGGGCAAGCCGGCUAUAUAUUAUAUUAUUACCCGAGUACUGCUUGGGCAAGCCGGCUAUACAUUAUAUUAUUACCCGAGUACUCCUUGGGCAAGCCGGCUAUACAUUAUAUUAUUACCCGAGUACUGCUUGGGCAAGCCGGCUAUACAUUAUAUUAUUACCCGAGUACUGCUUGGGCAAGCCGGCUAUACAUUAUAUUAUUACCCGAGUACUGCUUGGGCAAGCCGGCUAUACAUUAUAUUAUUACUGAGAGGGUAGUGGAUGCAUGGCCUUCCAGCUAAAGUGGUAGAGGUUAACACAGCAAAGGAGUUUAAGCAUGUGUGGGAUAGGCAUAAGGCUAUACUAACUAUAAGAUAAGGCCAGGGACUAAUGAAAGUAUUUAGAAAACUGGGCAGACUAGAUGGGCCGAAUGGUUCUUAUCUGCCGUUACAUUCUAUGUUUACCUGAGUACUCCUUGGGCAAGCCGGCUAUACAUUAUAUUAUUACCCAAGUACUCUUUGGGCAAGCCCGCUAUACAUUAUAUUAUUACCUGAGUACUCCUUGGCCAGACCCAGUACAAAUUAUAUUAUUACCUGAGUCCUUCUUGGCCAGGCCAGCUAUACAUUAUAUUAUUACCUGAAUACUCCUUGGCCAGACCCGGUAUAUAUUAUUACUACCUGAGUACUCCUUGGCCUGGCCAGCUAUGUAUUAUAUUACCCGAGUACUCCUUGGCCAGACCCGGUAUAUAUUAUUACCUGAGCACUCCUUGGCCAAACCCGGUAUAUAUUAUAUUAUUACCUGAGUACUCCUUGGCUAGACCCGGUAUAUAUUAUUACCCGAGUACUCCUUGGCCAGACCCGGUAUAUAUUAUAUUAUUACCCGAGUACUCCUUGGCCAGACCUGGUAUAUAUUAUUACCUGAGUACUCCUUGGCUAGACCCGGUAUAUAUUAUGUCAUUACCUGAGUACUCCUAGGCCAGACCCGGUAUGUAUUAUAUUAUUACCUGAGUCCUUCUUGGCCAGGCCAGCUAUAUAUUAUAUUAUUACCUGAAUACUCCUUGACCAGACCCGGUAUAUAUUAUUACUACCUGAGUACUCUUUGGCCAGGCCAGCUAUAUAUUAUAUUACCCAAGUACUCCUUGGCCAGACCCGGUAUAUAUUAUUACCUGAGUACUUCUUGGCUAGACCCGGUAUAUAUUAUUACCCGAGUACUUCUUGGCUAGACCCGGUAUAUAUUACCUGAGUACUUCUUGGCCAGACACGGUAUAUAUUCUAUUAUUACCUGAGUACUUCUUGGCCAGACCCGGUAUAUAUUCUAUUAUUACCUGAGUACUUCUUGGCCAGACCCGGUAUAUAUUCUAUUAUUACCUGAGUACUUCUUGGCUAGACCCGGUAUAUAUUCUAUUAUUACCUGAGUACUUCUUGGCUAGACCCGGUAUAUAUUAUAUUAUUACCUGAGUACUUCUUGGCUAGACCCGGUAUAUAUUAUAUUAUUACCUGAGUAUUUCUUGGCCAGACCCGGUAUAUAUUAUAUUAUUACCUGAGUAUUUCUUGGCCAGACCCGGUAUAUAUUAUAUUAUUACCUGAGUACUCCUUGGCUGGACCCGGAAUAUAUUAUAUUAUUACCUGAGUAUUUCUUGGCCAGACCCGGUAUAUAUUAUUACCUGAGUACUUCUUGGCUAGACCCAGUAUAUAUUAUAUUAUUACCUGAGUACUCCUUGGCCAGGCCAGCUAUCUCCUCCUUGGUAAAGGUGUAGUUCUUGCUGUUGAUCCAGCCCCGCAGUAACUGGAUAAUAACUGCCAGAACCGCCAGCAGCACAGCCAGCUGUACCGCCCGGGACCCGCAGCAGGCCAUCUUCGCAAAGGAGUAGUACUGACAGAGAGCUGUUACCUGGCUGAAGGGGUAGUACUGACAGAGAGCUGUUACCUGGCUGAAGGGGUAGUACUGACAGGGAGCUGUUACCUGGCUGAAGGGGUAGUACUGACAGAGAGCUGUUACCUGGCUGAAGGGGUAGUACUGACAGGGAGCUGUUACCCGGCUAAGGGGGUAGUACUGACAGAGAGCUGUUACCUGGCUGAAGGGGUAGUACUGACAGAGAGCUGUUACCUGGCUGAAGGGGUAGUACUGACAGAGAGCUGUUACCUGGCUGAAGGGGUAGUACUGACAGGGAGCUGUUACCCGGCUGAAGGGGUAGUACUGACAGGGAGCUGUUACCCGGCUGAGGGGUAGUACUGACAGGGAGCUGUUACCUGGCUGAAGGGGUAGUACUGACAGGGAGCUGUUACCUGGCUGAAGGGGUAGUACUGACAGGGAGCUGUUACCUGGCUGAAGGGGUAGUACUGACAGGGAGCUGUUACCUGGCUGAAGGGGUAGUACUGACAGGGAGCUGUUACCUGGCUGAGGAGCGUAGUGCUGACAGGGAGCUGUUACCCGGCUGAGGGGGUAGUACUGACAGGGAGCUGUUACCUGGCUGAGGGGGUAGUACUGACAGGGAGCUGUUACCUGGCUGAGGGGGUAGUACUGACAGGGAGCUGUUACCUGGCUGAAGGGGUAGUACUGACAGGGAGCUGUUACCUGGCUGAGGGCGUAGUGCUGACAGGGAGCUGUUACCCGGCUGAGGGGGUAGUACUGACAGGGAACUGUGACCCGGGGGAGUAACGCUGUGUCUGCCUAGGCCGUUAGUGAAUACUGCAUGGCCACGCCCCUUCUCUCAGAUCUGACCAAUAGGCUCAGUUAGGCGUGGAACGCACAGACCAGGAAGUGCUCGGCGUGGAACGCACAGACAGGAAGUGCUCGGCGUGGAUCGCACAGACCAGGAAGUGCUCGGCUUGGAACGCACAGACCAGGAAGUGCUCGGCGUGGAACGCACAGACCAGGAAGUGCUCGGCGUGGAACGCACAGACCCGGAAGUGCUCGGCGUGGAACGCACAAACCAGGAAGUGCUCGGCGUGGAACGCACAGACCAGGAAGUGCUUGGCGUGGAACGCACAGACCAGGAAGUGCUCGGCGUGGAACGCACAGACAGGAAGUUCCUGGAUCGAUGGAGCCCGCGGGCGUUGCUGCCGCCUUCCAGCCCAGCGGUAUUAGUGGUUGCCCUAGAGACACAGGAGAGGGGCUGGCUCAGCAUCCUGGGAAAUGUAUUCCAGGGGGGAGGGCUGGGGGGAGGGCAUUAUCCCUGAUAGCCCCACCCACCGCGCAGGCGGCUCACUAGACACGCCCUCCUCGCCGGAUAGUCUUUACUCCGUAUCGGUAACUGUGGCGGGAAGGGACCAGUGUAGGGCUUUCAGCCUUUUGGUAGAUAGCUCCCUGAUAGCGCGGGAAUUGGGGAGUUAUCUACUAAAUGCUGCAAGAUGGAGCCGCCACAAGAAAAGGAUCUGAGUUUCAUUCAUUAGAAUAACGUCCCAAAUUGCAUCCUAACACGAUAUUGAAGAAACCGUGCGUUCUGUCUAAAUGAGAGGACGUUCGGCAAUAGUGACGGGACGUUCGGCAAUGCUGACGGGACGUUCGGCAAUGCUGACGGGACGUUCGGCAAUACUGACGGGAAGCAUCGUGGGAACAGGGAGGAAAGCUUAGAAUUGUGGGAAAAUUGCUCUGACCACCGGAAAUGAAGCACACUUUGCUCCUCCGCUGGUCAGGCGUAGGAGACCUCCAGAAGACAAAAAGUCCCCACUUUGUCUUAUGUUUUAAAGAAAACUAGAACAGACAGGAAGAAACGAAGAACAGAUCCUGAGAGAGGAGGAAGAGAUUGGGGAAAGAUAAGUUCGGUAUGACAGUGCCACUCUAAAUAAUAAACUCCUCUUACAUCUACCUCUUUGAUGACAUAUCCAGGCACACACAUGUAUGCUAGUAUAUGACAUACCAGCUCCUUACUCUGCAUUGCUUGAAGGAGGUACAUUGGGAAACAGUAACGCCCCUGUGAAUUUUUACCUUUUUUAUUUUAUGAAUAACAUCAAUAUAUACAGUCUUGGACUUCAGCUGUUGGCUUUCUAAAAUAAAUAAAAUAAAAUAAUGGCUACCAAAUAACAAACUCCUAGAUUCACUUCCUUGUACCUAAAUCACUGCUUAUGAACAUUUGAAGCACCAUAACCACUGCCACAUGCUGUAGUGGUUUUAGUGCCCCCCAAUAUAUUUUACUUGCGGUCUGCUUGGCUCCGUUCCCCCUCUCUACAGCUUUUUUUGGAGAGCUGGAAGCACAUGCUAGGAGCUGCAGUUAAUUCUGAUUGCUCUCAGCUAGUAAGCUAAGCCCUGCACCUCUGCGUUUAGUUCAGUGAAGAGCAUUCUCUAUUUGACUGCUUAUUCUGGAGGGUUCCAGGAUACUCCUUGCACCAUAACCACCACAGUACACUAUAGUGGUUAUGUUAACGUGGAUUGCUCCUUUAAAUGAGCAUUACUAGCAUUUACUGAGAACUCACCUCAAAAGCUGCAAAGUUAGAGCAUUCGCAUGAAAUGCAGGAUCUGAUAUGAAUGGUUCUUUUUUUAUGUAUUUUGUAUUAACUCUGCUUAUAUUUCUUUCAUCUGAAAUGUCACGUGAAUUAUUAUCCAUCCUUAAUGUGUCAUCCAAUAUUUCUCUCCUGUCUCUAGAACACCAGCACAUUCGGUAUAACCCUCUGCGGGAUGACUGGGUGUUGGUGUCUGCGCACCGCAUGAAGCGUCCGUGGCAGGGACAGGUUGAGAAACCUUCGGAGGAAAACAUUCCCAGACACGAUCUAACCAACCCUCUCUGCCCGGGGGCCCUGAGAGCCGGAGGGGAGGUAAUUCUGCCAGGCCACAGAGGAAAACAAAUUUAAUAGUUUGCAACUUUAGCCGAAUAAAUGGAUAUAUCAUGAAUAGUGAUAUCCCGAACGGUUCGCCGCAGACGGCGAACAAAUGCGCUGUUCGGUCCGCCCCCUAUGUCAUCAUUGAGUAAACUUUGGCCCUGUACCUCACAGUCAGCAGACACAUUCCAGCCAAUCAGCAGCAGACCCUCCCACCUCCUGGACAGCAUCCAUUUUACAUUCAUUGUGAAGCUGCUGUCCAGGAGGUGGGAGAGUCUGGGAGGGAGGGUCUGCUGCUGAUUGGCUGGAAUGUGUCUGCUGACUGUGAGGUACAGGGUCAAAGUUUACUCAAUGAUGACAUAAGGGGGCGGACCGAACAGCGCAUAUGUUCGCCGUCCGUGGCGAACCGUUCGGGACAUCACUAAUCAUGAACUGAUUUACACGUUUCCAGACUUCGGCCUGAACAGUUUUUGUGGGGGAAAAAAAAUCUUCCCAUGAGCCUGCUUAGAUCUUUAUUCAUAAUCUGAUCUGAAUUCUACCCCUUGCUUGUCAGCUCACCGUAACUCUCUGUUUAAUAUAUUGUAAAGUGCUGCGAAAUAAGUUGGUGCUAUUUAAAUACCAAUAAUAAUAAUAAUAGUUAUUGAUAUAAAAGUAUUAUUGCCGGGUGUGUGUGCGCACUUACAGGGAUUACAAUCUCACAGCCCCUUCUCUUUCUACUUCCUGCUCAGUGGUGUAUCCUGGUUUUGUGCUGCCCUAGGCAGGACAAAACUCAGGCGCCCCCAACCCCCCACCGCGUGCGACCCCCACCCAUCCCUUCCCCCCCGCGCACGCGACCCCCACCCAUCCCUUCCCCCCGCCUUCUAAAUACACACACACUCACUGACAGAUACGCGUACACUAGCUAACAGAAACACAAACUCACUGACACACACAGUCAAACACACACACUCACUAGCAGAGACACACUCACUCACAGACACACACACACUAACAGACAGACACACACACACUAACAGACACACACACACUAACAGACACACACACACUCACUAACAGACACACACACACUCACUAACACUCACACACACUCACUAAUAGACACACACACUCAAUAAUAGACACACACACACUCACACUCACUAACACACACACACUAACAGACACACACACACUCACUAACAGACACACACACUCUAACACACACUCACUAACAGACACACACACUCACAUUAACACAUGUACUUUUUAAACCCCCCCCCUCCUCCAUCCUCCUUACCUUUGGGAGUGCUGGGGAGGGAAGGGGUUCUCUAUCUCCCUGGUGGUCCAGUGGCUGUUGGGUGGGCGGCAUUGGCGGGCGGGCGGCUGACGAGGGAGCUCUUCCUGUGAGCUGACUGCUCAGCUCCCUCGCGCGCCGCAGAGUGAGGCUGGGAGCCGGAAUAUGACGUCAUCUUCCGGCUCCCUGCCUCACUCUGCGGCGCGCGAGGGAGCUGAGUAGACAGCUCACAGGAACAGCUCCCUCGUCAGCCGCCCGCCAAUGCCGCCCAGCGCCCAGCAUGUCUGUUAGCCGCGAGGCUAACAAGACAUUUGCCUUGGGCAUUUGGGGGGCGGCUUUUUUUGCCGCCCCCUGAAAAAUGCCGCCCAAGGCAAAUGCCUUGUUCCUGCUAUUGAACUAAAUAUAAUUUUGCGUUUUCAAGAUGUCACUUAAAGUACCUGCCCUCUCUUACCAGGACAGCAGAGAGCUAUAUAUUAGUACAGUUUAUAAAAAAAUACUUAAAGGGACACUAUAGUCACUUAAACAACUUCAGCUUAAUGAGGUUGUUCAGGUGAGAACUAUAGCUCCCUGCAGCCUUUCUCAUGUAAACACUGUAUUUUCUGAGAAAAUACAGUGUUUACAUUGAAAGCUAGGAACACCUCCAGUUGCAGUCACUCAGAGUGUACCAGAGGGACUUCGGAGUUGAUGGAGGCAUAAUAUGCCUCCAUCCACUCAGAUAUGCUGUCAGCAGAGCACAGGGCAGCACUGUGCACAGCAUCCUGUGAUUCAGUAUCUCCUCCCUCUGCAUGCAGACACCUAACUUUCCUCAUAGAGAUACAUUGAUUCAAUUCAUCUCAGUGAGGAGAUGCUGAUUGGCCAGGGCUGUGUUUGAAUCAUGCUGGCUUUGCCCCUGAUCUGCCUCUUUGUCAGUCUCAGCCAGUCAUAUGGGGGAGCAUUGUCAUUGGAUCAGGCUAUCACAUGUCAGCAGACUGCUUGUUUUUCCUGAGUCUAACAGCAUGCAGAUUUACAGCUUCUGGCUUGAAUACAGUAAGAGUUUUACUAUAUUUAUGGAGGCAUGAUGGGCCCAGGGGGGCUAGAUGGUGGUGUUAACACUAUAGGGUCAGGAAUAUAUGUUUGUGUUCCUGACCCUAUAGCGAUCCUUUAAAAGACUAAAAAUAUCUGUUGUUUCCUCAAGUAUCAAUGUCCCAUAAUUUAAACACUUCAAGUUGAAAAGAGCAAUAUUUCGACUGAUAAUACAGCUAGUUUUCAUUUUAAAGAAUAUAUAAUGCCCAAAACAGGAAGUAAGGGGAGGGGUUAUCUGCCCAGUCAUGUGACAACAGAGCGACUAUUCAAAAUCACAUGUUACAAAGUGCAUGUAUAGUGUUACAUAUCUCUAAACUGCUACAUUGUACUAAAGGGAUGCUAUAGGCACCAAAUAACUUUAGCUUAAAGAAGCAGUUUUGGUGUAUAGAUCAUGUCCCUGCAAUCUCAUUUCUCAAUUCUCUGUGAUUUAGGUGUUAAAUCAUUUUGUUUAUGUAGCCCUAGUUACCUCACACUGUAUGUGAAUUGCACAGCCUUCCUCACAAUUUCCUGCAUAGAGACAUCUAAUAUUUACACUACCUUAAUUCACAUUACAUUUAAUUUCGAAUUUCUGAUAUUUUGCUAUGUUAAUAGCUUGCUAGACCCUGCAGGGGCCUCCUGUAUGUGAUUAAAGUUCAAUUUAUAGAGCAGGAGAUAAAAAGUUCUAAUAAGUUACAUCUGAUUGAAAAUGAAGCCAUUUUGUUUUCAUGCAGGCUCUGUCAAUCAUAGCCAGGAGAGGUGUGGCUAGGGCUGUAUAAACAGAAACAAAAGUGAUUUAACUCAUAAAUGGCAGAGAAUUGAGCAGUGAGACUGCAGGGGCAAUUGUACUAAAAAGCUAGAAAAAUGUUUUUAAAGGACACUACAGCGCUCCUAAUCCUAUAAAGCCCUAGUCACCGUUCCACGUCAAAUAAAUGGUUAAUUAACCAUUUAUUUGCUUACCUUAAUCCUCUGCGCUGGUGACCUCUCCUCCUCCAUCGACGUCAGCUUCCGAGUGGAGACAAAUGCGCAUACACAGUAUGAUACACAGAUCAAAUAAAAUGUGGAUAUUGUUUAUCAAUGAUAAUUUCCUUUUUUAUUAUACUUUAAAAAAAAAAUAAUUUUUAAUAUAAAUUCUUAUAUUUUUACUAAUCUUAUAAACCAAGUAAAGCCACACCUCACAGGCUCCCGGACCUCUUGUCAUUGCUUUAUUUAUAUGUUAAGAAAAUAGCAGAAUUAUAUUCUAACAAUCCAUGAUGUUCACUAAACAUUGCUCCAUCUCUCUCUGUAAAUCACAGUCUAUAUUUAUACACAAUGGCUGUGAAUGUCUUGCUGGGUUCUGUCCUCAUUUAACAUUGGCUGUAUUGAAAUAGCACAGGGCAGACUUUGUACUGUCCUUUAUUGGUGGAUACUAUGAAACCUAAUCAUGGAAUAGCACACGUUCUAUGUGAUUCUCGGUUACUGCAGGUACCUGGAGACAUAUCCUCUUCAACCUCUUGUUCCUGUAACAUUUUGUAAUUGUCUUAUUGAUUGUUAAAUAUAAUAUUGUAAAGCGAUACAGAAUAUGUUAACACUAUAUCAAUACCAAUAAUAACAAUUUCUUCUUUGAUUUGUUCUGUGGAUGAAGAUAAAUCCUGAUUACGAGGGAACAUUCCUCUUUGAAAAUGACUUCCCUGCCUUACAGCCCGAUGCACCUGACCCUGGUAAGUGUACUGAUUACACAGCCAGGGGAGGAUGCAGCUUUCGUAUAGUGAGUACCCAGCCAGGUGAGGACGCAGAGUUAGUAUAGUGAGUACACAGCCAGGGGAGGAUGCAGCUUUCGUAUAGUGAGUACCCAGCCAGGUGAGGACGCAGAGUUAGUAUAGUGAGUACACAGCCAGGGGAGGAUGCAGCGUUAGUAUAGUGAGUACCCAGCCAGGUGAGGACGCAGAGUUAGUAUAGUGAGUACACAGCCAGGGGAGGAUGCAGCUUUCGUAUAGUGAGUACCCAGCCAGGUGAGGACGCAGAGUUAGUAUAGUGAGUACACAGCCAGGGGAGGAUGCAGCGUUAGUAUAGUGAGUACCCAGCCAGGUGAGGACGCAGAGUUAGUAUAGUGAGUACACAGCCAGGGGAGGAUGCAGCGUUAGUAUAGUGAGUACCCAGCCAGGUGAGGACGCAGAGUUAGUAUAGUGAUUACACAGCCAGGGGAGGAUGCAGCUUUCGUAUAGUGAGUACCCAGCCAGGUGAGGACGCAGAGUUAGUAUAGUGAGUACACAGCCAGGGGAGGAUGCAGCGUUAGUAUAGUGAGUACCCAGCCAGGUGAGGACGCAGAGUUAGUAUAGUGAUUACACAGCCAGGGGAGGAUGCAGCGUUAGUAUAGUGAGUACCCAGCCAGGUGAGGACGCAGAGUUAGUAUAGUGAGUACACAGCCAGGGGAGGAUGCAGCGUUAGUAUAGUGAGUACCCAGCCAGGUGAGGACGCAGAGUUAGUAUAGUGAUUACACAGCCAGGGGAGGAUGCAGCGUUAGUAUAGUGAGUACCCAGCCAGGUGAGGACGCAGAGUUAGUAUAGUGAGUACACAGCCAGGUGAGGACGCAGAGUUAGUAUAGUGAGUACACAGCCAGGGGAGGAGGCAGCGUUAGUAUAGUGAGUACACAGCCAGGUGAGGACACAGAGUUAGUAUAGUGAGGACGCAGAGUUAGUAUAGUGAGUACCCAGCCAGGGGAGGAUGCAGUGUUAGUAUAGUGAGUACCCAGCCAGGUGAGGAUGCAGAGUUAGUAUAGUGAGUACACAGCCAGGUGAGGACGCAGAGUUAGUAUAGUGAGUACACAGCCAGGGGAGGAUGCAGCGUUAGUAUAGUGAGUACCCAGCUAGGUGAGGACGCAGAGUUAGUAUAGUGAGUACACAGCCAGGUGAGGACGCAGAGUUAGUAUAGUGAGUACACAGCCAGGUGAGGACGCAGAGUUAGUAUAGUGAGUACACAGCCAGGUGAGGACGCAGAGUUAGUAUAGUGCGUACACAGCCAGGUGAGGACGCAGAGUUAGUAUAGUGAGUACACAGCCAGGUGAGGAUGCAGUGUUAGCGUAGUGAGUACACAGCCACGUGAGGAUGCAGUGUUAGCGCAGUGAGUACACAGCCAGGUGAGGACGCAGAGUUAGUAUAGUGAGUAAAUAGCCAGGUGAGGAUACAGUGUUAGUGCAGUGAGUACACAGCCAGGUGAGGAUGCAGUGUUAGCGUAGUGAGUACACAGCCAGGUGAGGAUGCAGUGUUAGUGCAGUGAGUACACAGCCAGGUGAGGAUGCAUUGUUAGUGCAGUGAGUACAUAGCCAGAUGAGGAUGCAGUGUUAGCGUAGUGAGUACACAGCCAAGUGAGGAUGCAUUGUUAGCGUAGUGAGUACACAGCCAAGUGAGGAUGCAGUGUUAGCGUAGUGAGUACAUAGCCAGGUGAGGAUGCAGUGUUAGUGCAGUGAGUACACAGCCAGGUGAGGAUGCAGUGUUAGUGCAGUGAGGAUGCAGUGUUAGUGCAGUGAGUACACAGCCAGGUGAGAGGAUGCGGUGUUGGUGCGGUAGUACACAGCCACGGGGAGGAUGCAGUGUUAGUGCGUGAGUGCACAGCCGGGGGAGGGAUGCAGUAUUGGUGCAGUAGUACACAGCCAAGUGAGGAUGCAGUAUUGCGUAGUAGUACACAGCCAAGUGAGGAUGCACUGUGCGUAGUAGUACACACAGCCAGUGAGAGAUGAGGUAUUUAGUGCAGUGAAGGUACACAGCCAGGUGAGAUGCAGUGUUAGUGCAGUGAGGAUGCAGUGUUAGUGCAGUGAUACACACAGCCAGGUGAGAUACAGUGUUAGUGUGAAUUUGGUACACUUAGCAGAAUGAGAUACAGUACACAGCCAGGUGAGGAUGCAGUGUUAGUGCAGUGAGUACACAGCCAGGGGAGGAUGCAGUGUUAGUGCAGUGAGUACACAGCCAGGGGAGGAUGCAGUGUUAGUGCAGUGAGUACACAGCCAGGGGAGGAUGCAGUGUUAGUGCAGUGAGUACACAGCCAAGUGAGGAUGCAGUGUUAGCGUAGUGAGUACACAGCCAAGUGAGGAUGCAGUGUUAGCGUAGUGAGUACACAGCCAGGUGAGGAUGCAGUGUUAGUGCAGUGAGUACACAGCCAGGUGAGGAUGAAGUGUUAGUGCAGUGAGGAUGCAGUGUUAGUGCAGUGAGUACACAGCCAGGUGAGGAUGCAGUGUUAGUGUGGUUGGUGCAUAGCCAGAUGAGGAUGCAGUACACAGCCAGGGGAGGAUGCAGUGUUAGUGCAGUGAGUACACAGCCAGGGGAGGAUGCAGUGUUAGUGCAGUGAGUACACAGCCAGGGGAGGAUGCAGUGUUAGUGCAGUGAGUACACAGCCAGGUGAGGAGGCAGAGUUAGCGUAGUGAGUACACAGCCAGGUGAGGAUGCAUUGUUAGUGCAGUGAGUACAUAGCCAGAUGAGGAUGCAGUGUUAGCGUAGUGAGUACACAGCCAGUUGAGGAUGCAGUGUUAGCGUAGUGAGUACACAGCCAGUUGAGGAUGCAGUGUUAGCGUAGUGAGAACACAGCCAGGUGAGGAUGCAGUGUUAACAUAGUGAGUACACAGCCAGGUGAGGAUGCAGUUUUAGCGCAGUGAGUACACAGCCAGGUGAGGAUGCAGUGUUAGUGCAGUGAGUACACAGCCCUAGUCACCGUUCCACGUCAAAUAAAUGGUUAAUUAACCAUUUAUUUGCUUACCUUAAUCCUCUGCGCUCCAACAUUGCUCCAUCUCUCUCUGUAAAUCACAGUCUAUAUUUAUACACAAUGGCUGUGAAUGUCUUGCUGGGUUCUGUCCUCAUUUAACAUUGGCUGUAUUGAAAUAGCACAGGGCAGACUUUGUACUGUCCUUUAUUGGUGGAUACCAAUACACAGCCAGGUGAGGAUGCAGUGUUAGUGUAGUGAGUACACAGCCAGGUGUUAAUGCAAUGUUAGUGUGGUUGGUACAUAGCCAGGUGGGGAUGCAGUGUUAGUGUGGUUGGUACAUAGCCAGAAGAGAAUGCAGUGUUCGUGUGGUUGGUACAUAGCCAGAUGAGGAUGCAGUGUUAGUGCGGUUGGUACAUAGCCAGGUGAGGAUGCAGUGUUAGCACAGUGAGUACGCAGCCAGGUGAGGAUGCGGUGUUAGCGCAGUGAGUACGCAGCCAGGUGAGGAUGCGGUGUUAGCGCAGUGAGUACACAGCCAGGUGAGGAUGCAGUGUUAGUGCAGUGAGGAUGCAGUGUUAGUGCAGUGAGUACACAGCCAGGUGAGGAUGCAGUGUUAGUGCGGUGAGUACACAGCCAGGUGAGGAUGCAGUGUUAGCAUAGUGAGUACACAGCCAGGUGUUGAUGCAGUGUUAGCGUGGUUGGUACAUAGCCAGAUGAGGAUGCAGUGUUAGUGCGGUGAGUACACAGCCAGGUGAGGAUGCAGUGUUAGCAUAGUGAGUACACAGCCAGGUGUUGAUGCAGUGUUAGCGUGGUUGGUACAUAGCCAGAUGGGGAUGCAGUGUUAGUGUGGUUGGUACAUAGCCAGAUGAGGAUGCAGUGUUAGUGCAGUGGGUACACAGCCAGGUGAGGAUACAGUGUUAGUGCAUUGAGUACACAGCCAGGUGAGGAUGCAGUGUUAGCGUAGUGAGUACACAGCCAGGUGAGGAUGCAGUGUUAGCGCAGUGAGUACACAGCCAGGUGAGGAUGCAGUGUUAGUGCAGUGAGUACACAGCCAGGUGUUGAUGCAGUGUUAGUGUGGUUGGUACAUAGCCAGAUGUCAGUUUGACUCAGUUGGUUUACACUGGAUAUUUAUGGGCCUAUGUAGAUGAAUGAAGCCGGGUUUCCCUGCUCACUGAGCGCUGCUCUGAGUACACAGGAAAGGAUGACUUAUUACAGGUGCCAUGAUCAGAAUGUCAUCCUGACCUUUCCUGGCACUCGGUACCCGGUACUCAGAUAUGAAGUAUUCACUGAUUGUCCUCACGGUGGCCAGUUAUUAGAUCUCUGCCUUUUUUUCUCAUUUUCAGGUCCCAGUGAACACCCAUUGCUCCAGGCAAAAUCUGCGCGAGGGGUCUGGUAAUUGUCUCUUAAUGUAUUAUUAUCAGGGAUUCCCAGUGUAACAGGGGACACAGGCAGAGGAAGCAGAGCAUGUUCUGUUAUCUGAAUAUAUUACAGAUUAAUAAAUAAUAAGCACGUCCCUGUGAUUUUACUCUUAAAAUGUAAUCUCAAACCUCUUUUUAAAGGAAGCCUCAGCCUCGAUGGUCUAUUUAUUUCACUUGUCCUCAGCCAGGUUAUGUGUUUCCACCCAUGGUCCGAUGUCACGCUGCCACUGAUGUCCUCACCGGAGGUCCGAGCUGUGAUUGAUAAAUUGACAGAGAUUAUGAAGGAUUUAGGGGCCACUUAUCCCUGGGUUCAGGUGAGAUUGCAUGUUCAUUUCACAUUAAUUAAUUCAAAAUUAUUUCUAAAAAGAACAAAAUAGAAAUAUAAUGAAAUACCUUCUUCCUUGCUUGAAAGUGACCCAUCUGUCCAUGAACAUUGAGUAAGGGAGCUGCAUCAACAAAAUAACUGAUUACAGUUUUUUUCGAUCAACUUAUUAGGGGGAAAAAGAGAAAAUAUUGUAAUAUUGUGUAACUGUUAAAAGUAAAGUAGUUGGCUACUAAGAGCAGUUAUUUGUUCUGAUACCUUAGACUGGGUGCGUUUCAUGCGAGGUGGCCCGUCAGCUGCCUCAUUAAAAAAGUUAUAAAAUGAAAUGAAAAGUCCUAAUAAGAUCAUGUUAUGUUAAUGGAGGGUUCAAACCUCCCUUUGUCAGGUGGGGGCAUAUCUACUAAAUCUUUAACCAAAAGGGAAGCUUAUUGUCUCACCAGCAGCCCCCACACUUUAGUGGCAGUUGGGGGCUGUUCUAAUAUUAAGCAAGGGACCUAAUGUUCACAUCUCAGCUCCCACCUAUUGAUAGCAAGUGCAGGCUCUAAUACUGAUAUACUGGGGGGAAAGGGUGCUAACUCCACAUCCCAACCUCCACUAAAGAGUUGCGGGUGUGGGCUCGAAAUAUAUUAUGGGGCUGAUCUUGUCCCCCCACUUAGCCGCCAGUGAGGUGGGGUGACAUUAAAACUAAUACCUGUAUUAAAUGAUUAAAUUAUACUUGUCUUCUUUCUUGUAAAUAAUCUUAUCGUAAGCCAAAAAAGAGCAAAUAAAUACCAAAAUCCUAUGAUAACCCACCAGAGAAAUUCAAAACCGCAACAGAAUUAAAAAAAAAAUCUAUCUUUCCCCGGUGAGUACUCCCUGCUGAGGGAGGGUACAAGGCGGAGAAAGCCUUCAUAAUUAGAAUUAGAGAUUUCACUUCAGAGCCUGCUAUAUAGCUUGAACAAUGUCUGGGUUUCGCAGUCCGAGCAGCCCCGUGUGCAGCAAGAUUGUUUCCCAGUCCGAGGGGCCCCGUGUGCAGUAAGGUGGUUUCCCAGUCCGAGCGGCCCCGUGUGCAGCAAGAUUGUUUCCCAGUCCGAGCGGCUCAGUGUGCAGUAAGAUGGUUUCCCAGUCCGAGCGGCCCCGUGUGCAGCAAGAUUGUUUCCCAGUCCAAGCAGCCCAGUGUGUAGUAAGAUGGCUUCCCAGUCCAAGCAGCCCCGUGUGCAGCAAGAUGGUUUCCCAGUACAAGCGGCCCCGUGUGCAGUAAGAUGGUUUCCCAGUCCAAGCAGCCCCGUGUGCAGUAAGAUGGUUUCCCAGUCCAAGCGGCCCCGUGUGCAGUAAGAUGGUUUCCCAGUCCGAGCGGCCCCGUGUGCAGUAAGAUGGUUUCUCCGUUCGGUAUGGGCUCUUUCAGACUUUAGGUAUAACCUGGAGAAGAGGAGGAGUGAGCUACUGACAUGACAGUAAAAAGAAGGUACUAGAGCAGGGGUAGGUAGGCAACCUUCGGCAACUCCCAGAAUGCUCUUACAGUCAUUUUGCUGGUUAAAGAAUCAGGGAAGAUACAGUCCGCAGCAUCUGGCCUAAUCCUGUAAUGUAGAGGGUGAUAUGUACCAUGGGACCCAUAUAAUAUGUAAUAUACCAUCCCAUGUAAUAUACUAUCCCAUGUAAUAUACCAUCCCAUGUAAUAUGUAAUAUACCAUCCCAUAUAAUAUGUAAUAUACCAUCCCAUGUAAAAUGUUAUAUACCAUCCCAUGUGUGACGAGAGCAAUCUCGCCACAUUGCAUUGGAGAAGCCUGGUUGCUUGCCUGCUGCCUUUGGACUAUGGCCCCAUGUUAAAAGACUUUGUUUCGUCUGCAGAAAAGAUUUAUUCAUGCUUUUCUGCCUGGUGUUCGGUAGAUUCAAUCUACCGAACAACCGCACGAAUGACUGGACCACCUCGGAGCUGGAGUGUGCCGGCAAUUAGCCUCCCUGAAGCUGCGGUUAACCGCAGCUUAAUUGACGAAUGCUGGGUGGCCGCCAUUCGUAUCACGAACACGAGGUCGCGGCCAUUUUAAACAUGCGAAUGCACAGCGGUGUUCAAUGCUUAAUUCCUGGAACUAAACUCGGACACAGUUUUGCGCGAACACCGCUGAAGCCGCCGACCUCCCUUCUUGGUCUGUUAAAGUGCACGAACGGCCCGGCGUUCGGUAGUAUUACUGGAAUAUGUUAUACCCCAGAUAGGAAUCCCAUGGAGCCCAUUCGCAUGAAACUGACUGUGUAAAGACUUUAGCUCCAUGGCGAUUAAACUGUAUUCGUGUGGUCUUAGCGCCAUUCGCUUAAUAAUGUGUGCUCAGACCUGAGCUAUCUGGGGAUAUGUUAAAUGUAUGCUUUUAAUGUUAUGUGUCUCACAUGGUGUAUUUUAAUAGUAAUUCGUGUGUUAGUAUCCCCACGUGCAUAAUGGCGAUUUGCCUUUGUCUUGGGAGAUAAUUGAAUUACUUCUCAAUUAUCUCCAAGGCAGAGGGGAGGAAGCCAGGAUGCAUUGUGGUAAUACAAUGUGACUGUGUGUCCUAUUUGUCUACUUGUCUGUCCCUUGUCACAGUCUCCCAUUUGGUCCCCUAGGGGAGUGUCCACCAGGUGGGAGACCUGCAUAAAUACUGGGCAGGUAGCCCUCAUUAAACAGAUCACUGCUUGACCCUCAACACGGAGCCUUGUCUCGUCUUUGCGGGGAUUUACUGAAUGCUGAUAGAGACUGAUUGCUAGGAGUGUAAGCCGCUUGGAUGCUUUUCCUAUUCGUCUGCUAGCAGUGAUUCGUAUGGUUCCAGUUUGUGUGUUUGGAAUGCUAUAUUGGAUGCCGUUCGUUAGUUUGGAACAUUCCCUUAUUGGUGCUUCGUGAGUUUGGUGUUUUACAGUAGCUGUGCCUCCAUCUCUGGAAAGGGGGACGAUCGCCUAAACGGUUUUUACCCCUUGUGUGCAAAACGGUCCGUUACAAUUGGUGGCAAGCGGCGGGAUCGUUCCCACAGACAACAGGACAGCUAAAGGCGACACCAUUCCGUGGAUUUACAAUUUGAGGGCAACGCAUGUCUGAGUACAGCGACCCUGACAGCAACAGAAUGGAACCAGCAGUGUCAUUCGAGGAGGAGUACCUGGAUGGCCGGGAUGCAUUAAGGAAAGGCAUCUGGUACCAGCCCCUGGAUAAUGUACAAUACCAGCGGGGCGAGAGUCUCCCCAGUGAAGAGCAGCGGUUGCAGAAGCAAGUGGCCCUACGGAUGCCCUUCCUGGGAGAGCAGCCCCUGGAUGAAUGGGUGAAGGAAUUGGAGCACCGGGUAUGGCAGGAGAUUUGGCUGGAAGAUGCCUACCAGGCGCUCUGGUGGUAUGGGGCACAGUACCUGCCCUGGACAGCCGAGCAUGACAAGACAGAGGGAGAGGAGUUUGAUGGUCCUGGCUUGUUAUGGGAGGCUUUUUCAGAGCCUGAAUUUGGGAGCCCUACACAAGCCCGGUUCAGUGAUCUCUUGGAGUGGAGGGAGAGCAGGUAUGACUGGGACGACGCUCACCUAGCAACCCUGGAGUGGGAACUGGAGCAGGACUACCGAGAUCUCUUCCACUCCAUUGAGAAGGCUCAGCAGGACAGCAAGGUGACAGAUCCAGUUCCAGACCCAUUCAGCUGUGAAGACAUUGUUGAGAUUUACUGGGAAGAACCCCAGGUGGCGGGUGGAGAUGGGACCGAGGUCUCUCCACCGAUAUUGCAGGGAAUUGGGAGCCCAAGCUCCAUUCCCCAGCAGGAGAUAUUGCAGGGAAUUGGGAGCCCAAGCUCCAUUCCCCAGCGGCAGGCUGAGUUACAGGGGGCAGAGACAGGUGGUCCUGUCCCCCAGCGGCAGUGUUCCUUGCAGGGAGAGGAGAGCAGCGUCCUCCCUCCCCAGCGGCAGGGUGAGCUACAGGGAUGCUGGGCAGUCGGCUCAGAUCCUCAGCGGCAGUGUGAAUUGCAGGGAAUUGGGAGCCCAGUCUCCAUUCCCCAGCGGCAGGCUGAGUUACAGGGGACAGAGAUAGUUGCUCCUGUCCCCCAGCAGCAGAAUGAAUUGUAGGGAAUUGGGAGCCCAGUCUCCAUUCCCCAACGGCAGAAUGAUUUAUUGGGAAUUGGGAGCCCAGUCUCCAUUCCCCAGUGGCAGAGUGGCAGUAGGACUCUGUAUUGGGAGCAGAGAGAGUCGGUCUCCCUCCCCCACAGCUGGAAGUAUAUAUGGGAGAGGAGCUUGUUACCCCCUCUCCCCAGCAGCAGCAGCUUAAUGUACCAGGGGGAGACAGUAAGCCCCACAACUGUGCAGAUGGGACCGUGGUCUCUGCACGUCCAGCACAGGGGGUAGGGACGGUCGGUUCUGCCCCCCAGCGACAGGGCUGUUUAGCCAAAGGGGAGACAGUUGGUCUCCAGCAGCAGAGCUGUGUGUCCAAAGGGGAGACAGUCGGUCUCCAGCAGCAGAGCUGUGUGUCUAAAGGGGAGACAGUCGGUCUCCAGCAGCAGGGCUGUGUAUCUAAAGGGGAGACAGUCGGUCUCCCCCUCCAACAACCAGGCUUCAACCAGGCUACCCUCCUGGCAACAGGGCAGAGUACCGCUGGUCUCUGCCCACGCAGCAACCCACCAAGUCAGCAUACCCGUACCCAGCACAGCCGUGGUGAGACACCUGGACAUGGACAAGCUUCUCCUCUACCCAGGUGUAGUAACCAUUUAUUGUGGGUGGGCUAUGCUGUUGAUUGUGUUUUGUGGGUGGGCUGCUGGACUAACAAGGGCACUGACCGGCAGGAGGUCAGAUGCCCUGUUAGUCUGUUUGGAAAAGUGGAGAGAUGUGACGAGCAAUUUCGCCAUAUUGCAUUGGAGAAGCCUGGUUGCUCACCUGCUGCCUUUGGACUAUGGCCCCAUGUUAAAAGACUUUGUUUCGUCUGCAGAAAAGAUUUAUUUGUGCUUUUCUGCCUGGUGUUCGGUAGCUUCAAUCUACCGAACAACCGCACGAAUGACUGGACCACCUGGGAGCUGGAGUGUGCCGGCAAUUAGCCUCCCUGAAGCUGCGGUUAACCGCAGCUUAAUUGACGAAUGCUGGGUGGCCACCAUUCGUAUCACGAACACGAGGUCGCGGCCAUUUUAAACAUGUGAAUGCACAGCGGUGUUCAACGUUUAAUUCCUGGAACUAAACUCGGACACAGUUUUGCGCGAACACCGCUGAAGCCGCCGACCUCCCUUCUUGGUCGGUGAAAGUGCACGAACGGCCCGGCGUUUGGUAGUUUUACUGGAAUAUGUUAUACCCCAGAUAGGAAUCCCAUGGAGCCCAUUCGCAUGAAACUGACUGUGUAGAGACUUUAGCUCCAUGGCGAUUAAACUGUAUUCGUGUGGUCUGAGCGCCAUUCGCUUAAUAAUGUGUGCUCAGACCUGAGCUAUCUGGGGAUUUGUUAAAUGUAUGCUUUUAAUGUUAUGUGUCUCACAUGGUGUAUUUUAAUAGUAAUUCGUGUGUUAGUAUCCCCACGUGCAUAAUGGCGAUUUGCCUUUGUCUUGGGAGAUAAUUGAAUUACUUCUCAAUUAUCUCCAAGGCAGAGGGGAGGAAGCCAGGAUGCAUUGUGGGAAUACAAUGGGACUGUGUGUCCUAUUUGUCUACUUGUCUGUCCCUUGUCACAGUCUCCCAUUUGGUCCCCUAGUGGAGUGUCCACCUGUAGGAGACCUGCAUAAAUACUGGGCAGGUAGCCCUCAUUAAACAGAUCACUUCUUGACUCUCAACACGGAGCCUUGUCUCGUCUUUGGGGGGAUUUACUGAAUGCUGAUAGAGACUGAUUGCUAGGAGUGUAAGCCGCUUGGAUGCUUUUCCUAUUCGUCUGCUAGCAGUGAUUCGUAUGGUUCCAGUUCGCGUGUUUGGAGUGCUAUAUUGGAUGCCGUUCGGGAGUUUGGAGCAUUCCCUUAUUGGCGCUUCGUGAGUUUGGUGUUAUACAAUAGCUGUACCUGCAUCUCUGGAAAGGGGGACGAUCUAAAUGGUUUUUACCCCUUGUGUGCAAAACGGUCCGUUACACCAUGUAAUAUGUAAUAUACCAUCCCAUGUAAUAUGUAAUAUACCAUCCCAUGUAAUAUGUAAUAUAACAUCCCAUGUAAUAUGUUAUAUACCAUCCCAUGUAAUAUGUAAUAUAACAUCCCAUGUAAUAUGUUAUAUACCAUCCCAUGUAAUAUGUUAUAUACCAUCCCAUGUAAUAUACCAUCCCAUAUAAUAUGUUAUAUACCAUCCCAUGUAAUAUGUUAUAUACCAUCCCAUGUAAUAUGUAAUAUACCAUCCCAUGUAAUAUGUUAUAUACCAUCCCAUGUUAUAUACCAUCCCAUGUAAUAUACCAUCCCAUGUAAUAUACCAUCCCAUGUAAUAUGUAACAUACCAUCCCAUGUAAUAUGUAACAUACCAUCCCAUGUAAUAUGUAACAUACCAUCCCAUGUAAUAUAUGUAGCGGAGACCUAGUAUUUCAUGUUCAUGUUUCAUGUUCCACGGUGGUAAUGGGUACUGCUGAACCAUAUGGUGUUGCAAUUAUGUGGUGGUGGCGGGCCUGGUCGGAUCCAGGUGGAACGAUCCCGCAGUUGUGGACAUUCCCGUAUAUAAUGCCCCCAUUUCUGGCAGUGAUGACAGGGCCCAGAGCUCGGCUGGCGAAAAUGUGGCUGUACAGCGGGUGGUGGUAGUUGCCUUGGUGGUGCUGGGGUGUAGUUGGUUCCCCCAAAGGUUUUUAAUGCUGCUUUUGGAACUGCGGGUUUUUGUUGCCUGCGUGCGUCCAGGUAAUCAUCUGCCUUCCUUGCAGCUUCUGUGAGGGAUGUAGGGUUUCGGUCCCUUACCCACUCCUGGACAUCUGUUGUCACCCCAUCAUAAAAUUGUUCCAUUAGCAGCAUUUGUAUCACGUCCUCCAUGGACCCUGCCUUGCUGGCUUGUACCCACCCGAGAGCUGCCCAUUGUAACCUGCAUGCCCACUCCGCAUGUAAGUCUUUCUCCGCUUUCUUUAAAUCCCGGAAUCUCCUCCGGUAUGCCUCUGGUGUUAUAGCAUACCGGGCCAGUAUAAUCUCUUUCACUCUACUGUAAUUCCUGAUUUCUUCGUCUGGCACAGUACGAUACGCCUCUGCUGCCCUCCCAGUUAACCAUCCUGCCAAAAUAGUUACCCAGUCCACUGCGCUGAUUCUAUGCAGUGCACACAGUCUUUCAAAAUCUUGCAGGAAAGCGUCUAUAUCUUCCUCUGCCUCCACAUACGUUUUAAAGGCCUGAUAUGGUAUUUUAGGCUUACCUUCCUGUGUCAUGUUUACUGCAGAGCUGUGUUCUGGGGUUGUUGUUGUCCGUUGCCUCAGUAUGAAUUCCUGGACCUCUGUCAUGGUCUUGGAAAUAAUUUCCAUAAAAAGACAGCCUAAAUUGUAACUGUCUCUGGAACUCCAUUUGUUCCUGUGUUUCCCGAACCGAACCGCCAUCCAUUCGGUACUUUGCCAUGAGUUCGGUAAUAAGUACCGCUUUCUUUUUGUUGCUGGCUUGAAUACCCCUUGCUUCCAGGAGGUCCUUUAGUGUGGAGCGUUUUAGUGUAGAAAAAUCAAUCUCCAUCCGUACUCCAUUGGUGCUUGUUCCUCUGUGAUUCUGGAUUCCAGCGCUGCCAACCAAUGUAGCGGAGAGCUAGUAUUUCAUAGCCUACCUCCACUUGUAGAUCCCAGUGAGGCUCAGGAACAAGUAAUUAUAAAUCCAUAGGCAAGGUAUCCAGCAGGUAAGACAAUGCAGUAGUAUCCCAACAGCACUCCCAAUAACUGGACGACACACAGUAUCAGGAGCAGAACUAAAGAUUUAUUCAGACAGUGGCCUUAUAAAGCAUGCUCCCAUGCAAGGGAGGGAUUUCCAUUCAUUAAUACAGUAGCCAAUCCUGUUCCGGUAACCUCCCCCACAUCCCCUCCCCUCAGCCUGCAUCAUAAUCCCCUUAUCCAGGACACCAAUUCCCCCCGUUUCUGGAUGUACCCCUAAACGUAGGGGUACCACUAGUAGCCUAGGUUUAGGGGUACCACUAGUAAACCUAGGGGGUACCACUGGUAGCCCUGAUCUGGGUGAACAACAUAUCCCAAAAUCACCCAGAUCAGACCAGGGGUUCGGGAAAUUUAUGGAGGGAAUAAAAUGACCGACCGCGCUGGAAAGAAUAGCCGAAUUGGGUUCCAUGCGAUGGGGCCCUGCGGUCAGUCCUGGAACAAGGGAAUAAAUCACACGAAAGCCUCUAGUUACAGAGACUGGGGAGGGUUCGCCUGAAUCCCCUUGUUCGGUUGUUUCUAUCUACCGAACGAGGGGCCAUUCGGUAGUUUGAGUUCCGAUUUGAGUUCCAGACACUCAACGGGAAAACACCACUGUUCGGGAGUUUUAAAAUGGCCGCCGCCACGUGUUCGUUUCCCGAAUGGCGGCAACCCCCGAGAACAAAGGACUGCUACUCAGCUUGUCAAUUACCCGUUCGCAACAAUGUUGCAACGGGUAAUUGAAGGCACACUUCACACAGGGGAGGUCUGACUGUUCGGUAGUUUCAGUCGAACAAACUAAGGGAAUGAAACUACCGAACAUCAGACGAACACAAUACAUUUAACACAUAUAACUUUGCCAUUUACACGAAUGCAGUCAAAACCAAUACAAUUCCCAGGACAGCCCAGUGCCAUCCGCUACAAUAUACCAUCCCAUGUAAUAUGCAAUAUACCAUCCCAUGUAAUAUGUAAUAUACAUCCCAUGUAAUAUGUUAUAUACCAUCCCAUGUAAUAUGUAAUAUUCCAUCCCAUGUAAUAUGUUAUAUACCAUCCCAUGUAAUAUACCAUCCCAUGUAAUAUGUUAUAUACCAUCCCAUGUAAUAUACCAUCCCAUGUAAUAUGUUAUAUACCAUCCCAUGUAAUAUGUAAUAUACCAUCCCAUGUAAUAGCUAGUUACAGCGGAUGUCUAACUUGCCCCUUUAUUUGUAGAUAUUUGAAAAUAAAGGAGCAAUGAUGGGCUGUUCCAAUCCUCAUCCACACUGCCAGGUAAGGCUUCGAUAGCUCAAUACUGCCAUCUGCUGGGAAUUCAACAAACUUCUGGUAACUUUGCUUCCUUCGUAUUUUGCUGUGUUUGAAUAGCUUUUAUUGUAACUGUCUAGAUGUUUCAGCUGAGACCACGUGCUCACCAGUCAGACUUUAUCAUCUUUAUUUAAUCCCAUACGGGCUGCCUUUGUAGAUACUUUUAUUGGAUUGGGUGUCAUUGAUCUCCUGGUCACUUAGAGGAGAGCUACCAUGUCCUCUUUAUAUGUAGUCCUAUAAGAUACUUUGUACUGCGUGCCAGUCUGGUAUUAAAAUGGUUAACAAUUCUCCAUUUUCUUUGUGGAUACAAUUAGCUAUUGUAACUAUAUUGCAUUCUCUAACCCCAGACAGUGCAGAAUUACAUUUAGUUUUUCUCUGUAGAUUUGGGCCAGUAACUUCCUUCCCAAUGAGGCCCAGAUAGAAGACCGGACCCAGAGAGCAUAUCUGAGGGAGCACGGGAUCCCUAUGUUAGUGGAGUACGGCAGACUGGAGGAGGAGCGGAAGGUAGGGGAAAACAUAUCUCUAACCAAUCAGCUGCGAGCACAUGGUGAAGAAGGUAACAGAUGUGUGGAGUGUUGUAGUGAGUGUAAUACUGAGGUAACAGAUGUGAGGAGUGUUGUAGUGGGUGUAAUACUGAGUGUAGCGGAGAUGCAAUAUUACCCAGGUUAUCUCCGCUUAUAAUCCAAGUGGGACUCAGGAACAAGUAAAUAGUAAAACGGACCAGGGCUGUGGAGGUCUCAGCGGUGUUCGCCUACUCGAGUGUCCGAUUUUAGUUCCAGACACUCGACGGCAAAACACUGCUGUUCGGGAGUUUUAAAAUGGCUGCCACCACGUGUUCGUUUGUCGAAUGGCGGCCACCCCCGAGAACAAAGGACGGCUACUUACUAUUCAAUUACCCGUUCGCAACAAUGUUGCAAUGGGUAAUUGAGGACACACUUCACACAGGGGAGGUCUGGUUGUUCGGUAGUUUCAUUCGAAUAAACUAAGGGAAUGAAACUACCGAACACCCAGAGGAAUACAAUUCUUUUUAAUACAUAGAAAAUACAGCAGAUACACGAAUGCAGGUAAAAACAGUAUAUUUGUAGGGUCGCCUGGUGCUAUCCGCUACACUGCUCCCCCUUGCCCACAAGCCGGCAUACACAGUCUGAUCCAACACGGAUCGGCUUGGGGAUGUCCGGGGAGGCUCACGGAUCAUUUCUCUAGGUCAGUUUGUCGAGACAACCCAUCAGCAUUUCCAUUCUGUUUACCCGGGCGGUACUGGAUAUUAAAGCCAAAGGGCUGCAGCGCCAGACUCCAGCGCAGCAGCCGGGCAUUGUACCCAGCCACCCGGUUUAGCCAUACUAACGGGUUGUGAUCCGUGAGCAGGGAAAAAGCUUGUCCGUACAAAUAUGGUUGUAAUUUCUUCAGGGCCCACACCACAGCCAGGCAUUCUUUCUCGAUGGCGGCGUAGCUUACUUCUCGAGGUAACAGUUUCCGGCUGAUGUAAGCCACGGGAUGUUCUCCGCCAUCGGCCCCGACUUGGCUCAAUACUGCUCCCAAUCCAAACAUAGAAGCGUCUGUGUGGACAAGAAAACGUUUAGUUGGAUUGGGAGCUGCCAAGACAGGGGCAUUUGUCAAUGCAUCUUUCAACAACUGAAAUGCCUGUUCACACUCCAGGGUCCAGGUUACUUGGCGGGGGUAGAGAGAAAAAAAGGUGAGUGAUCCUGGGCUAAAAUAGCAACAGGAACUCUUAGAGGAAAGUUCUGCAGUUGUAUGCUAAUAUGAGAUAAUGUCUAUAAAAUAGCUUUAUUGGAAAGGGUCUACUCAAAGGUAUGAUCCCUAAUAAAAGAGACAAUAGCAAAUGAAACUUAAUACACCAUAACCACUAAAAUGUAAUUAUAUACAUGAGGAGUGAUGGACUCCAUCUCUGAAUCUAGAAAGAGAGCUGAAAAGAGAGUGGCUAUACCCACGAUAUUGUAAUUGAGCAGCAAAGACCCCUAAACACCCAUCACCCAUCACUCCUCAUGUAUAUAAUUACAUUUUAGUGGUUAUGGUGUAUUAAGUUUCAUUUGCUAUUGUCUCUUUUAUUAGGGAUCAUACCUUUGAGUAGACCCUUUCCAAUAAAACUAUUUUAUAGACAUUAUCUCAUAUUAGCAUACAACUGCAGAACUUUCCUCUAAGAGCUCCUGUUGCUAUUUUAGCCCAGGAUCACUCACCUAUACUGUAUAUAUACAAGGGUUACCCCCUAGAAAGUUCGACACACUCCAAGCUGGGACCUUGGUAUCCAGGUGCCUUCCCUUCCUACACUUUUUUUCAUUUCUACUUGGCGGGGGUAGGUUUUUACGGGUCAAGUCGGUGAGAGGUUUGGCCAGGGCACUGUAAUUCGGGACAAAUUUCCGGUAGUAUCCGGCCGUUCCUAGGAACGCUAACACCUGAGUCUUAGUCCUAGGGGUAGGCCAUUGAGCUACAGCCUCUACUUUGGCUGGUUCCGGCUUUUGCUUGCCGCAUCCUACCCGAUGACCUAGGUACUGUACUUCAGCCAUGCCUAUGCUGCAUUUGGCUGGUUUCAGUGUUAAACCAGCGGCCCUAAUCCUGUCUAGGACCGCUCCUAUAUGGGUCAGGUGUUCCUGCCAGGUAUUGCUGAAAAUGGCAAUAUCAUCGAGGUAUGCGCAGGUAUACUCCUGGAACCCAUCCAGGAGGCGGUCCACCAUCCGCUGAAAAGUAGCCGGGGCGUUUUUCAUCCCAAACGGCAUGACCUUAAAUUGGUACAAGCCGAAUGGGGUGACAAAGGCCGACUUAGGGAUGGCGUCUUGCGCCAAGGGUAUUUGCCAAUACCCUUUACACAAGUCAAUCGUGGUGAGAUAGUGCCCCCUCGCCAUCCGAUCCAGGAGUUCGUCUAUCCUGGGCAUGGGGAUAGGCGUCAGAUACCGUCUUCUCAUUUAAUCUCCGGUAGUCUACACAAAACCGGGUCGUGCCGUCCCGCUUUGGUACUAGUACUACCGGAGAUGCCCAGGGGCUGUCGGAGGGCUCAAUCACCCCCAGCUGGAGCAUCUCAUCGAUCUCCUUGCGCAUGUUCGCCCGUACCGCUUCUGGGAUGCGGUACGGGGUCUGACGCAUGGGAAGUUGCCCUGGGGUGUCUACUCUGUGAGUGGCCAGAGGAGUGUAACCAGGUACAUUAGAGAAGAUAUCCUGCUUCUCCCUCAACAGCUGUUGUACCUCGCUCCGCUCCUGUGGGCUCAACCGAUCCCCCAGGGUGACUUCCCCUAAGUCCCCGGAUAACUGACCCUCUCCCAGCAGAUCCGGGAGAGGUAAACUGUCAAACUCCUCGGAGUUAGGCGCACAUAUAGCGGUCACUUCCUCAGAGCGCUCCUGGUAGGGCUUCAUCAUGUUUACAUGGAGCAUGCGUCGCCCCCCAGUACCAACGCACGAGCCGAUUAUAUAAGUGGUGUCACAUCGUUGUUCUACCACCUUAUAAGGGCCCUGCCAGGCGGCCUGCAGCUUAUCGUGUCGGACAGGUUUUAAGAUCAACACCUUCUGCCCGACCUGAAAGCUACGGUCCCUGGCGCCCCGAUCAUACCAUGUGCGCUGGCGUGUCUGAGCCGCCUGCAAAUUCUCGCGUACCGUCUGAGUUAAGGCCUCAAGGGGUCUCGGAAUGCCAACACAUAUGGUAUGAUGGGGGUACCGUCAGUGCUCCGUUCUCCCUCCCAAUGCUCUCUGAUCAAAUCUAAAGGCCCUCGUACCCUGCGGCCAAACAAUAGUUCAAAUGGGGAAAACCCAGUGGAUUCCUGCGGCACCUCCCUGUAAGCAAAGAGGAGGUGUGGCAGGAACUUCUCCCAGUCCUUGUGGGUCUCUGCGAAGGUUCGGAGCAUUUGUUUCAAUGUACUGUUGAAACGUUCGCAGAGCCCAUUCGUCUGGGGGUGGUAAGGUGAACUAAUGACCGGCUUAAUGUCACAAAACUUCCAGAGGCGCUGCGUGACUUCGGCGGUGAAUUGGGUGCCCUGAUCGGAGACAAUCUCCCUGGGGAGUCCCACCCGGGAGAAUAUCUUCAUCAGGGCUUCUGCUACUGUCUCCGCCUGUAUAUUCGUCAGGGCCACCGCCUCUGGAUAUCUAGUGGCAUAAUCUACUACUGUCAGGAUAAAUCUUUUACCUGACGGGCUUGCUUUGUUGAGGGGUCCUAUUAGGUCAACUGCUACCCUGCUAAAGGGUUCCUCGAUUAUGGGAAGGGGAUGUAACUUGGCCUUGCGCCGGUCCCCCCUUUUCCCCACCCUUUGACAGGUAUCGCACGUGUUGCAAUAUCUGCGCACCUCCUGGCUAAUCCCCGGCCAAAAGAAACUUUGGGUCAACCUGUAUCGGGUCCUGCUGACCCCUAAAUGUCCAGAUAGCGGAAUGUCAUGUGCUAUCCGUAGUAACUCCGCCCGGUACCGCUGAGGUACCACUAACUGCCUCAUCACAAUCGGGUCUGACCCGGAUACCUUCUUAUCCGUCUCCCGAUAUAGCAGCUGUUUGUCCCAAAUAAACCUUUCGCCCUCCCCCCCAGGAGUGUCUGCUGUCACCUUGUCCCUAUACACCUGCAAGGUGGGGUCAGUCACUACUUCAGCUGCAAAUUUGUUAGGAGGGGCCCAGGGAACACAGUCAAGGGAAGGGGAAGGAUCUCUUACCUGAACCUCCGGGAGUGUGUUGUAGUCCUGGGUGCGGGCCUGUUGUCGCGUAACCACAGGGUGAGCUUCUCCUGUGGUGGAUGUCUGGGGCUCAAAAGCAGAUGUGAGCCUCCCCAGAUCGUUCCCCAACAAAACCUCCGCCGGUAACUGCGGCAUCAACCCCACCUCCACAUGCUCUGCCCCCGCUCCCCAAUGCAAAUGUACCCUUGCUGUAGGUAGCCGAUAUACCGCUCCCCCGGCUACCCUGACGGCCACAGUCUUAUUUAGUUUAGCCUGGUCUGAGACUAGAUGGCUUUUUACCAGGGUGAUGGUGGCUCCUGAGUCACGUAGCCCCUGAACCGCUUUACCCUCCAGAUACACGGUCUGCCUGUGAUGCUGGCGGUUGUCAGCAUUAGCCUGGACGGGAUCCGCCUCGUGCAGUACCUCCCACUGUUCUACCGUUGUGAUGGGAACUGCUGAACCAUACGGUGUGGCCACGAUGUCCUGGUAGUGGUGGGCUGCGGCUGCUCUCGGUGGUGGUGGUGGGCCGGGGCGAAUCCAGGUGGAACGGUCCCGCAGCUGGGGGCAUUCCCUUUUAUAGUGUCCCCAUUUCUGGCAGUGGUGGCACGGGCCCGACGUGGGCUGGCGGAAACGUGGCUGUGCAGCGGGCGGUGGGGGUGGUGGCAGUGGUCUUGGUAAAGCUGGCGUGUAGUUGUUCCCCCCAAAGGUUUUAAAAGGUACUUUUGGAGCUGCCGGUUUUUGCUGCCUGCGUGCAUCCAGGUACUCGUCUGCCUUCCUGGCUGCUUCGGUAAGGGAGGUAGGGUUUCUGUCUCUUACCCACUCCUGUACCUCGCUGGUUACUCCUUUCAUAAAAUUGCUCCAGUAGUACCAUUUGCAAUACAUCCUCCAUAGACCGUGCCUUGCUCGCUUGCACCCACCCCAAGACUGCUCGUUGUAGUCUGCAUGCCCACUCUGCGUGUGAGUCUUUCUCCACCUUCUUUAUAUCCCUGAAUCUCCGCCGGUAUGCUUCUGGUGUUAUAGCAUACCUGGCCAAUAUAAUUUCUUUCACUUUAUUGUAAUUCCGUAUUUCUUCAUUAGGCACAGUACGGUAUGCCUCAGCUGCCCUCCCAGUUAACCUCCCUGCCAAAAUAGGUACCCAGUCCUCUGCGCUGAUUCUAUGCAGUGCACACAGUCUCUCAAAAUCCUGCAGGAAAGCGUCUAUAUCUUCCUCUGCCUCCACAUAUGUUUUAAAAGCCUGGUACGGUAUUUUAGGCUUACCUUCCUGUGGCAUAUUUAUUGCAGAGCUGCGUUCUGGGGCCGCAGUUUGACUCCUCAGUAUAAAUUCCUGGACCUCCGUCAUCGUUUUUGACACAAUCUCUGUUGGAGGGUGUUCCCCAUAGAAAGACAGCCGAAAUUGUACCUGCCUCUGGAACUCCCUUUGUUCCGGUGUCUCUCCCGAAUUCCCCUGUUCGGGAACCGAAUCGCCGUCUAUUCGGUACUCCGCCAUCAGUUCAGUAACGAGUACCGCUUUUGUCUUAUUGCUGGCUUGUAUACCCCUUGCCUCCAGAAGGUCUUUUAGCGUGGAGCGUUUUAGUGUGGCAAAAUCAAUCUCCAUCCGUACUCCAUUUAGGCUUGUUCCUCUGUGAGUUUGGAUCCCAGCGCUGCCAACCAAUGUAGCGGAGAUGCAAUAUUUACCCAGGGUAUCUCCGCUUAUAAUCCAAGUGGGACUCAGGAACAAGUAAAUAGUAAAUCCACAGGCAAGGCUUCCAGCAGGUAAAAUACAGCAAUAUCCCAACAGCAAUCCCAAUAACUGGACGACACACAGUUUCAGGAGCAUAACUGACUAGCCUUUAAUCACAGUCUCCUUAUAAAGCAUGCUCCCAUGCAAGGGAGGGAUUUACAGUAAUUAUUACACUAGCCAAUCCUGUCCUGGUAACCUCCCACACAUCUCCUCCCCUCAGCCAGCAUCAUAAUCCCCUUAUCCAGCACACCAAUUCCCCCCGUUUCUGGAUGUACCCCUAAACGUAGGGGUACCUCUUUAAAUCCUACAUCCCCGGAUACCCCUGAUCUGGGUGAACAACAUAUCCAAAAAUCACCCAGAUUGUACGGAAAUGUAUGGAGGGAAUAAAAUGACCGACCGCACUAACUGAUAUAGCCGAAUAAGGUUCCAUGCGAAUGGACCCUGCGGUCGGUCCUGGCAUAAAGGAACAAAAUACACGAAAGCCUCUAGCUAUAGAGGCUAGGGAGGGUUCGCCUGAAUCCCCUCGUUCGGUAUUUUCUAUCUACCGAACGAGGGGCCGUUCGGUAGUUUGGAACCGAACGGACCAGGGUUGUGGAGGUCUCAGCGGUGUUCGCCUACUCGAGUGUCCGAUUUUAGUUCCAGACACUCGACUGCAAAACACCGCUGUUCGGGAGUUUUAAAAUGGCCGCCGCCACAUGUGUUCGUUUGUCGAAUGGCGGCCACCCCCGAGAACAAAGGACGGCUACUUACUAUUCAAUUACCCGUUCGCAACAAUGUUGCAAUGGGUAAUUGAGGACACACUUCACACAGGGGAGGUCUGGUUGUUCGGUAGUUUCAUUCGAAUAAACUAAGGGAAUGAAACUACCGAACACCCAGAGGAAUACAAUUCUUUUUAAUACAUAGAAAAUACAGCAGAUACACGAAUGCAGGUAAAAACAGUAUAUUUGUAGGGUCGCCUGGUGCUAUCCGCUACACUGAGGUAACAGAUGUGAGGAGUGUUGUAGUGAGUGUAAUACUGAGGUAACAGAUGUGUGGAGUGUUGUAGUGAGUGUAAUACUGAGGUAACAGAUGUGAGGAGUGUUGUAGUGAGUGUAAUACUGAGGUAACAGAUGUGAGGAGUGUUGUAGUGAGUGUAAUACUGAGGUAACAGAUGUGAUGAGUGUUGUAGUGAGUGUAAUACUGAGGUAACAGAUGUGAGGAGUGUUGUAGUGAGUGUAAUACUGAGGUAACAGAUGUGAGGAGUGUUGUAGUGAGUGCAAUACUGAGGUAACAGAUGUGAGGAGUGUUGUAGUGAGUGUAAUACUGAGGUAAAUAGAUGUGUGGGAGGUUGUAGUGAGGUAAUAAUUGAGGUAACAGAUGUGGGAGGAGGUUGUAGUGAGUGUAAUACUGAGGUAAAUAGAUGGGAGGAGUGCUGUAGUGAGUGUAAUACUGAGGUACAGAUGUGUGGAGUGUUGUAGUGAGUGUAAUACUGAGGUAACAGAUGUGAGGAGUGUUGUAAUGAGUGUAAUACUGAGGUAACAGAUGUGUGGAGUGUUGUAGUGAGUGUAAUACUGAGGUAACAGAUGUGAGGAGUGUUGUAGUGAGUGCAAUACGGAGGUAACAGAUGUGAGGAGUGUUGUAGUGAGUGUAAUACUGAGGUAACAGAUGUGAGGAGUGUUGUAGUGAGUGUAAUACUGAGGUAACAGAUUUGAGGAGUGUUGUAGUGAGUGUAAUACUGAGGUAACAGAUGUGUGGAGUGUUGUAGUGAGUGUAAUACUGAGGUAACAGAUGUGAGGAGUGUUGUAGUGAGUGUAAUACUGAGGGAACAGAUGUGUGGAGUGUUGUAGUGAGUGUAAUACUGAGGGAACAGAUUUGAGGAGUGUUGUAGUGAGUGUAAUACUGAGGGAACAGAUGUGUGGAGUGUUGUAGUGAGUGUAAUACUGAGGGAACAGAUUUGAGGAGUGUUGUAGUAGUGGGUGUAAUACUGAGGGAACAGAUUUGAGGAGUGUUGUAGUGAGUGUAAUACUGAGGUAACAGAUGUGUGGAGUGUUGUAGUUAGUGUAAUACUGAGGUAACAGAUGUGAGGAGUGUUUUAGUGGGUGUAAUACUGAGGUAACAGAUGUGAGGAGUGUUUUAGUGGGUGUAAUACUGAGGUAACAGAUGUGAGGAGUGUUGUAGUGAGUGUAAUACUGAGGUAACAGAUGUGAGGAGUGUUUUAGUGGGUGUAAUACUGAGGUAACAGAUGUGAGGAGUGUUUUAGUGGGUGUAAUACUGAGGUAACAGAUGUGAGGAGUGUUUUAGUGGGUGUAAUACUGAGGUAACAGAUGUGAGGAGUGUUGUAGUGAGUGUAAUACUGAGGUAACAGAUGUGAGGAGUGUUGUAGUGAGUGUAAUACUGAGGUAACAGAUUUGAGGAGUGUUGUAGUGAGUGUAAUACUGAGGUAACAGAUGUGUGGAGUGUUGUAGUGAGUGUAAUACUGAGGUAACAGAUGUGAGGAGUGUUGUAGUGAGUGUAAUACUGAGGUAACAGAUGUGAGGAGUGUUGUAGUGAGUGUAAUACUGAGGUAACAGAUGUGAGGAGUGUUGUAGUGAGUGUAAUACUGAGGUAACAGAUGUGAGGAGUGUUGUAGUGAGUGUAAUACUGAGGUAACUGAGGUAACAGAUGUGAGGAGUGUUUUAGUGGGUGUAAUACUGAGGUAACAGAUGUGAGGAGUGUUUUAGUGGGUGUAAUACUGAGGUAACAGAUGUGUGGAGUGUUUUAGUGGGUGUAAUACUGAGGUAACAGAUGUGAGGAGUGUUGUAGUGAGUGUAAUACUGAGGUAACAGAUGUGAGGAGUGUUUUAGUGGGUGUAAUACUGAGGUAACAGAUGUGUGGAGUGUUGUAGUGAGUGUAAUACUGAGGUAACAGAUGUGAGGAGUGUUGUAGUGAGUGUAAUACUGAGGUAACAGAUGUGAGGAGUGUUGUAGUGGGUGUAAUACUGAGGUAACAGAUGUGAGGAGUGUUGUAGUGAGUGUAAUACUGAGGUAACAGAUGUGAGGAGUGUUUUAGUGGGUGUAAUACUGAGGUAACAGAUGUGAGGAGUGUUUUAGUGGGUGUAAUACUGAGGUAACAGAUGUGAGGAGUGUUGUAGUGAGUGUAAUACUGAGGUAACAGAUGUGUGGAGUGUUGUAGUGAGUGUAAUACUGAGGGAACAGAUUUGAGGAGUGUUGUAGUGGGUGUAAUACUGAGGUAACAGAUGUGUGGAGUGUUGUAGUGAGUGUAAUACUCAGGUAAUGAAUGUAAUGAAUAUAAUAUUAAAUGGAAGUCAUGGUAUGUGCUGACGUUUUACAGGAAUGUUAAUUUUGUUAAAGGUUUCUUUAUGGAAACAGAUCUGGGGGCCUCUCUUAUAGCUCCCUUUACGCAGCGUUUUCCUCAUUUCCAAUUGAAUCAUAAACAGUAAGUUAGGCUGAGUUCCUACUCCCUGUUAGACGCCUCUGGUAGGCCGGAGUAAUAAUGAACAUCACAAUUGAAAACACACACAGUUUGAAAGCAGCUUGGCACUAUUACAGAAUGAUACCCAAGGCCAGCCUCCACUAUGCCCUUAUUGAACCAUUUAACCCAAUAAAUGCCAGAGCAGCAGCCAGCUGAAGGGGUUAAUUAUACAGUGCUUUGUAGCUGGAUUUAAAUGAACUCAUUGCCAUUCUUAUCUCUCUAGGAACGCCUGGUGCUGGCCAAUGAGCACUGGCUGGUGCUUGUUCCUUAUUGGGCAGUUUGGCCGUUUCAGACACUCCUCCUCCCGCGACGCCAUGUGACCCGGCUACAGGACCUCACUAACGAAGAGAGAGACAGUGAGUGCCGCCAUUUGUCAUACAGAUUCCUGAGGCUUUCUUCCAGAGCCAACAUGUUAUUUUACUGUGCGAGCUGCAUGUUAGGGAGCCCCGUAAACUGGAAAUCUUGGGGUUGUGUUUAUUUAAAGGGACACUCUAGGCCAGGUGUAGGCAACCUUUCGGCAGAUGUUGUGGACUACACCCCCCAUAAUGCUCUUACACCCAUAGUGCUGGCAAAGCAUCAUGGGAGAUGUAGUACAAAACAUCUGGAGUGUCAAAGGUUGCCUAUGCCUGUUCUUGGCAAUAUGACCACUGCAGUGCCUGUUUAUUUUGGAGCCAUCUGGGUGUAAUCUGUUGGUUGACCAUGGUUCUUGUUGGCUGAUACUAAUUCAUACCAGGUUUAAACAGAAUUCAUUGUAUUUAUCAAACUCUGCAAUGACUGCAGGCGCCUGACACAGGAAGGUAAUAAGGUGACUUAAUCUGUUUAUUAAUGGUUUAACAGAUAACUGGCAGAUGGUUCCCAGGACUCAUGGCACCAAAACCAUAAUAGCAGUGGUUAUAGUGACUGUAACUCUGUGUGGUAUACCCUAAUGUUUUCACUGUAUGUUCAGGGGUAUCAGUGGCACCUCCCUGGUGAGAUGUAAGAGGCCAACAGUACAAUAGCAGACAAGUGCGGGCUAACAGUAAGAUAAGAGUGAUAAAUAAAUCCAGGUCUGAUAUUUUUAUAUUACGUUCUGACAUGAAAGAAUUUUUUUCUUUUUUCUCUUUCGAGGCUUGGUGUCCAUCAUGAAGCGUCUGCUCUGCAAGUAUGACAAUAUGUUUGAAAUUUCCUUUCCGUACUCCAUGGGAUGGCAUGGUACGUAUUUAAUGGGCUGGUAUAUUACACAUUAUGUGAGAUAGUAUAUUACAUAUUAUAUGGGCUGUUCGUAUAUUGUAUUUUUGUAAUAUUGGACCCUAUUGCAUCAAUACAAUGUUUUGUGGACCCAGGACAUACUUGAAAACGAGAGAAAUCUCAAUGUAUCCAUCCUGGUAACAUAUUUUAUAAAUAAAUAUGGGGUGGUAUAUUACAUAUCACAUGGGAUGGUAAAUUACAUAUUAUGUGGACUGGCAUUGUACGUUUACAUGGGCUGGCAUGGUAUGUAUUACAUGGGAUGGUAUAUUACAUAUUAUAUGGACUGGCAUGGUAUGUAUUACAUGGGAUGGUAUAUUACAUAUUAUAUGGACUGGCAUGGUAUGUAUUACAUGGGAUGGUAUAUUACAUAUUAUAUGGGCUGGCAUGGUACGUAUUACAUGGGAUGGUAUAUUACUUAUUAUAUGGGCUGGCAUGGUACAUUUUACAUGGGAUGGUAUAUUACAUAUUAUAUGGGCUGGCAUGGUAUGUAUUACAUGGGAUGGUAUAUUACAUAUGAUAUGGACUGGCAUGGUAUGUUUUACAUGGGGUGGUAUAUUACAUAUUAUAUGGGCUGGCAUGGUACGUAUUACAUGUGAUGGCAUAUUACAUAUGAUAUGGUCUGACAUGUUAUAUAUUACAUGGGACAGUGUGUGUGUGUGUAUAUAUAUAUAUAUAUAUAUAUAAUUAUAUUGUCUGCCAUAUUGUGUAUAACAUGGAAUGGUAUAUUACAUAUCACAUUUGCUGCCUUAGUUUUAUGGACUGCCAUGGUGCUUAUUACAUGGGCUGGCGUGGUAUGUAUUACUUGGACUGGUAUAUAGGAAUUAUAAGAUGAAGCUCUGUUUGAUAUACGAAUUAUCAGAUGGAGCUCUGUGUGAUGUAUGAAUUAUCAAACGGAGCUCUGUGUGGUAUAUGAAUUAUCAGACGUAACUCUGUGGGAUAUAUGAAUUAUCAGAUAGAGCUCUGUGGGAUAUAUGAAUUAUCAGAUAGAGCUCUGUGGGAUAUAUGAAUUAUCAGACUGAGUUUUGUGUGGUAUAUGAAUUAUCAGACGGAGCUCUGUGGGAUAUGUGGAUAAUACUGAGUAGAACAUUGAUUUGGAUUGUUCGGUUCCAGGUGCUCCUACUGGGUGUCAUUUGUCUGAGGAUUGCAGCCACUGGCAGCUCCAUGCGCACUACUUCCCGCCACUUCUGCGUUCUGCGACUGUGCGCAAAUUUAUGGUGGGAUACGAGAUGCUGGGACAGGCUCAGAGAGACCUGACAGCGGAGCAGGUGAGUCGGCAGCACAUUGGUAAGGGUUGUGUUAAAGGGACACAGAGAACGUAUUGUAGUGGUGCCCUAGUCUUUGCCGGUACUUUCCUCCGCUGGAUCACCAAUAGUAGAACUCAGGAACAAGAUUCUGCCAAGUAAAUAGCCCACCUCCUCCCCUGUAAUAUUAUUAAUAGUACAUUAUUUAACAAAUAUAUGUGAGACGUGAAAAAUAAAAUGUAUAAAUCCACAGAUUUUUAUCCUGUAACUGGGCGUCUGCAUCUUAGCUCCCUGUCAGACAUUGUUAUACGCUCUAUCCUGUAACUGGGCGUCUCCAUCUUAGCUCCCUGUCAGCCAUUGUUAUACGCUCUGUCCUGUAACUUGGCUCCUUGUCAGCCAUUGUUAUACGCUCUGUCCUGUAACUUGGCUCCUUGUCAGCCAUUGUUAUACGCUCUGUCCUGUAACUGGGCUCCCUGUCAGCCAUUGUUAAAUGUUCUGUCCUGUAACUGGACGUCUCCAUCUUGGCUCCCCGUCAGCCAUUGUUAUAUGCUCUGUGCUGUAACUGGGCGUCUCCAUCUCCCUGUCAGCCAUUGUUAUACGCUCUGUCCUGUAACUGGGUGACUCCAUCUCAGCUCCCCGUCAGCCAUUGUUAUACGCUCUGUCCUGUAACUGGGCGUCUCCAUCUUAGCUCCCUGUCAGCCAUUGUUAUACGCUCUGUCCUGUAACUUGGCUCCUUGUCAGCCAUUGUUAUACGCUCUGUCCUGUAACUUGGCUCCUUGUCAGCCAUUGUUAUACGCUCUGUCCUGUAACUGGGCUCCCUGUCAGCCAUUGUUAAAUGUUCUGUCCUGUAACUGGGCGUCUCCAUCUUAGCUCCCUGUCAGCCAUUGUUAUACGCUCUGUCCUGUAACUGGGCUCCCUGUCAGCCAUUGUUAUAUGCUCUGUCCUGUAACUGGGCGUCUCCAUCUUAGCUCCCCAUCAGCCAUUGUUAUACGCUCUGUCCUGUAACUGGGCGUCUCCAUCUUAGCUCCCUGUCAGCCAUUGUUAUACGCUCUGUCCUGUAACUGGGCGUCUCCAUCUUAGGUCCCCGUCAGCCAUUGUUAUACGCUCUGUCCUGUAACUGGGCACCUCCAUCUUAGCUCCCUGUUAGCCAUUGUUAUACGCUCUGUCCUGUAACUGGGCGUCUCCAUCUUAGCUCCCCGUCAGCCAUUGUUAUACGCUCUGUCCUGUAACUGGGCGUCUCCAUCUUAGCUCCAUGUCAGACAUUGGUAUACGCUCUGUCCUGUAACUGGGCGUCUGCAUCUUAGCUCCCUGUCAGCCAUAGUUAUACGCUCUGUCCUAUUACUGGGCGCCUCCAACUUAGCUCCCUGUCAGCCAUUGUUAUACGCUCUGUCCUGGAACUGGGCGUCUCCAUCUUAGCUCCCUGUCAGCCAUUGUUAUACGCUCUGUCUUAUUACUGGGCGCAUCCAUCUUAGCUCCCUGUCAGCCAUUGUUAUACGCUCUGUCCUAUUACUGGGCGCCUCCAACUUGGCUCCCUGUCGGCCAUUGUUAUACACUCUGUCCUAUUACUGGGCGCCUCCAUCUUAGCUCCCCGUCGGCCAUUGUUAUACGCUCUGUCCUGGAACUGGGCGUCUCCAUCUUAGCUCCCUGUCGGCCAUUGUUAUACACUCUGUCCUAUUACUGGGCGCCUCCAUCUUAGCUCCCUGUCAGCCAUUGUUAUACGCUCUGUCCUAUUACUGGGCGCCUCCAACUUAGCUCCCUGUCAUCCAUUGUUAUACGCUCUGUCCUGGAACUGGGCGUCUCCAUCUUAGCUCCGUGUAAGCCAUUGUUAUAAAUUCUUCAGUGAGCAUAGAGAUAGCUUACAGAGAAUAUAAAUUAAACAAUAUUUCUAUCUUACCUGUUCAUUUGCAAUGUGUGUCAUGGCUUUGCGGUAUAAAUACUUGCAAAAACAUAACAUACAGGGAUAUAAUUUCUAAUUUGUGGGGUAAUAGCUGCUUGAUCCAAGGAGACAUCUGACUGCUAUUUUGGGGUCAAGUAGAAUUAUUUUCCUAUUUUGUUGAAAUUGGAAGCGCUUCAGACUAGGGUUUUUUGCCUUCUUUUGGAUCAACAGCAAAAACAUAUGUAAGGAAGGCUGAACUUGAUGGACGCAAGUCUCUUUUCAGCGAUGUAACUAUAAUUAAAGGGAAUAUAUAACUGUUUAUUUUUUAAUUAAAGACAAUGAUCACUUGACUAUUACAGGAAUUCUAGCUUAAACUUAAUUAAAUACCAUUUUACACAGUAUUUCCCGGCUUACUCUUGCUCUAUGGAGUCUGCCAUCUUUGAUUCCUCUGGUCAGACGUGCCUUUAUCUAACCAAUGACCUUUCAGAAAAUCCAAAUCUAGUUGUCAUUUGUCAAUCCUGACAUCAUGCAAGUGCUGUGCACCUCAGAAAUGCACUCUGUAACAGUUUUCAUGACGUAAUAAAAAAUUCUAACAGAAUAUAUUCUUGUAAUAAAUAAUAAUAUAUAUAUGUUAUGGGAAUUAUUAUAAUUGAGAAGCAGAUUUAUUUGCUUUGUUGCUGUUUCUGCACACUAUGUUGUUCCAAGAGUUAACGGUGGAUUCUGUUCCUGCAGGCGGCUGAGCGACUCAGGAAUAUUCCAGAAGAACAUUACAAACUAAGAGAUCAGGGGCCGUCAUCUGUAAAGUGAACCCUCAGUCAACGGACCCUUCUUGCUGUGGCUUAAAUAGUUAUUACACGAUAGGAUAAUCACAGUGCUGGAGUCACCGGCCGAUAGAUUGGUGAAUCCGUGAAACCUUAAUGAAUUCACUAUGCGCGGUCCUUUUCUUAAAGAGUGAGACUGUUACUCCUGUUUCUGCAGAAAAUGCGAUAAUCAGUGCAAUAAAAAGCAAAACCAGAUUAAUAAAUCACGCACCUCUUGACAUCUUUCCAUCAGAAAAGCUAUAUUAAAGGGUUACUCUAAACACCAUGAUCGCUUCAGUGAUUUGAAGUGGUCAUGGUGUGUGUCAUGGAGUUUGUAUGUGCUGUGAGGCGCUCUGAUACUGAGUUUAACCUCUUGACUACCAGUGUUAUAACUCCACCUCCUGCAGCAUCAUUGGGGCGUUGACCAGCCAUGAACAAGAUUUCCGGACUGGCUAAUGUCAAUUCUGAGCAUAGGAGAGUCGUUGGCUGAGAGUGACAGUCAUUGAAUGAUUGGCAGGUUCUACAUCUAAUUUCUACAGCUCUGCCGGAUGUCAUAAGCUGCUGUACAGAACAUUCAGG